AUGCCAAAAAUUGUUCAUCCGCCGGAACAAAGUGCAAGCCCAAGAUUGUAAGUGGCGAUUGAAAGUGACGCGAGUGGUUGUGUGCUGCGUUCUGGCGGGUGAGUGAUUUUCGGCAUUCCCCCCAAAUAAUCCUCCCCGAAAGCUCCAUCCCCCCCAUUUUCUAAAUUUUGAGGCCCCCAAAAUAGGGAGCAUCUUAUAGACAGGGGCAUCUUAGAGACAGAAAAAUGCGGUAUAUUAUUGCUGUGUCAUGUUUUGCGCUCUUAUACAAGUGUUUAACAAAAAGAUUUUAAAGAUAUUUCAGAGAACUAAUCCUUGCUCAAGUUCUCCUCUGAGCCAAAAGCAAAACACCACAAAACCUCCCAUUUUAUUCAGCUUCUUGCAACCUUCCAGGCAAGAUAAUGAGCACUUACUCAUUAUUGCAGAACACAGUGCUCUUCUUUCUAGGACAAAACUAUGAACAUCGGUACUUUUCCUCUCUCACACUCCUUGUUGUGCUGCCUUAGGAGCCAAGCACACAAAAUCAAAUGGAUAAAAAGCACGCUUCUGUUUCCUUCUCUGUGAUAUAUGAGGACCAGUAGAGGGAUGCUGGGAUCCAGGCCCCUAAAGCAGUAUGUGGGAUUAAUUAGUAACUUUAUUAAGGAGCUGCUCUGAACAGUAAAAUAUCCCUGUUAGACAUUUCUGGUGCAAACUAAAGUAGGAACUCAAAUCAGUGAGAGAGUAGGAGAUAUCAGGUGAACAUGGGGGAAAAUAGUAGGCAAAUAUGCACACUUAAUCAGAUAAAAUGUAAUAAAACAAAUAAAUGCAUGCACUGCCUGUUUUCUGCCCUGCUUUGAGCUUGUACUUUUCCUUUCCGCCCAGAGUGGCUAGGGAAACUCAGCCAGAUGGGUGGGGCAUAAAUAAAUUAUUAUUCUUAUUAUUCUUAUUCUUAUUCUUAUUAUUAUUACUACUACUACUACUACUAUUACUGUUAUUUCCUCAGGGUGCCUCCCCCACAUUUCUUUCCCUCGGAGUCAAGGCAGUUUAGCUGUUUAGUUCAUCAAUGCUAUUAGGCAAGAGCAUACUAGAUAAUAAAUGUGCUUUCGGAAACAGCUCCAAAGUGUUAUUAAAAAGUCAAAAUUAAUGGAAUAGGUGUGUGUACCAAAAACAACACAGUUUAAUAGGCUUUUUAUGCUGUAGAGCAGGGGUCCUCAAACUUUUUAAACAGGAGGCCAGUUCACUGUCCCUCAAACACUGUUGGGGACCGGACUAUAGUUUGAAAAAAAAUAUGAACGAAUUCCAAUGCACACUGCACAUAUUUUAUUUGUAGUGCACAAAAAACAGGAAAAAACAAUACAAUAUUUAAAAUGAACGAUUUUAAUCAACAUAAACUUGUAAGUAUUUCAGUGGGAAGUAUGGGCCUGCUUUUGGCUAAUGAGAUGGUCAAUAUCUGGUUCCAUAUUUCUCACUGCUAGUCACAGCACUGUCAGGACAGUCGUAUACUUUUGCAAACAGUGCAGUCAUUUCCCGUUUAUUACAAAGGUCCUUCCUCCUCAAUGGGAGGGCAGAGAGAGCUUUAGAAUAACUUGCUUUCCAGAAAUAAUUUCCAAUGCCACCCCUGAGGUCCAAGCUCGGUGCGGAUCCUUCCCCAUUCCAACUCUAGAACACUUACAUAACUCGCAGGGAAUUCUGUGAAGAUCAAUGGCCACCUCCAGCGCUCAAUGCAGCAGGAAGGAUAGCAAGCCGGCUCUCUUUCUCUCUCCUUCCCGCUCUUCCUCAGGCAGCAUCCCACUCAAGUUGGCCAUGGCGAUCAAAGAUAUCUCUCCCCUCAUCCCAUGAGUAACCGGGUGCAGACUCCUUGCGGCACAAACAGACCAGCAACCUCACCCCCAGCUCUGGCACUCAUGCUGAUCCUGGGGUUUGAGGAACUCCCUGGCAAAGGGAGAGGCGGGGAGAAGAACCAACUUUAAAAUAGCAACGCUGCUUGAUCUCCCAGCCGGACUCUCCCUGCUGUUACCACCGCUGAGACCAAAGGCAGCGGGAAAGAGGCAGCCCGCCACAAGACUCCUGCUGGUGAGGAAGAGCAGCGGCGACAGCAGCAGCGGGCGAGCGCCAAGCUGGAGGUAGAAGCGGUGCAGCUGCUGCCUUCUCCCUUGGCCAGGGGUGCGAGGAGCGCUUCUUAUAGGAUGCUUGCCAAGGCCAGCGUUGCGAACUCUUUGCUUAAGAUGGGAGGGUGGGGAAGGGAAGGGUGGAGACGGCGGUGGCCGGCACGGGUUUAGGACCCUGGCGGGCCGGAGGCAGGCCACGGAACGUACUUUGAGGACCCCUGCUGUAGAGAAUGGCAAGUCAGAGAAGGUGUUUUGUUUUUAAAGAAAAGACAUCAAACUUUUAAAAUUUACUCCUGAAAAUACAUCCAGUGGUAAUGGAUGUAUACCUGAACCUUAAAUUAGGUUCUCAGGAUUAGGUAAAUCCAAGUUUUACAUGAUUUUGUUGUCACUUCUUUAUUAAAGUUAGGUAUUAAUAUUCUGAAUAUUAUCUGGAAAUCAAAAUUUCAUCCUGUGUUUUGGGUAACCAAAUUGGAAGACUACAUUUGACUCUCAUAAAUGCCAAAUGCUGUAUUUUGAAUGAAAGGUUAUCAUGGAUUUUUUUGCCUUAAUAUAAAAGUUACCAGUGAUAAGUCAAAACACCAUACAGGUAUAUUUAUUUAAAAAAAUAAAAAUAAAGUAGGCCAGCAGUUGUUAUCCAAAAGCUUUAUUUGCCUAGAAAGUUUAUGAAGUAAUUUAUAGGCGUCUUGGAGAGCAAGAUGAGUAAAUAAGGUACUCAGGAGAUUUGGGGCAAUAAUUAGGCAACCAGAGACCAUAAUUGUGCUGCAAGUGAUGUAGUUUGAAAUUCAGGAGCAAUAAAAUUCUAUUUUUCCUCUAAAAGGAUUAUUUUCUCCCCUGAGAUUUGUAAAUGUGGUGCUUACUGAAUUGCUUUAAGAAAGGUUUAGAGCAGAGCAUAAGGCUUUUAAGAAUUUUGAACAGAAAAAAUGCAAAUAAGAGGUAUGUAGUCUCAUAGUUCCCAACAUAUUUUGGUCCAUAAUAAGUUUGAAAUAACAUUUGGGCAGCAAAAUAAUUUAGAUUCAUAAAACGGUCCAUAAAUUGCUCCACUUCCUGCAAAGUCCUUACAUGCUACUAACUAUAUGUUCCAAACAAUGACUGCUGUUAUCCUUUUAUACUGUAACAGUGGUGAAGUUGUAUUCUAGCCUCCUUAUAUUCUAGCCUCCCUACAGCUCUCUAGCUUACUUUACACACACACACACACACACACACACAAUUUUAUAUGGUGAAGGGUGGAUAAGAAAUAUUAUAAAAUUGCACCAGCCAUGUGUAGUAUGUGUAGUAGUAGUAGUAGUAGUAGUCCACCAGCCCCUUCUCUCAGCCAAUUUCCCUUGAAACUCUUCUUACCAAUCCUGGGUAAUUUGCAAGCUAAGUUUGUAUUCAGAACGUUCGUGGUAGGAGUGAAAGCAACUUGAAAGGGAAAGUUGCAGAGGGAAAGAGUUUUCUGUAAGUCAUCUUAGAAGAAGUUGUAUCCUGAAAGGUGUGGGAAAUAGUACAUAAUAAUUAAAUAAAUGUUAGUCCUACGCAAUGUUUUCAAAAGACAUUUCAUUUUCUUGCAACGUGCCCAUGGCUCUCUCUGUCCUUUUAUAUCCUGAAUCACAAGGGGAUGGUAUUUCUAAUCCAUAUUCCCUUUACUGGGGAUUCCCCUUUUUAGUCUAUUGCAGGAAAAACAGCACAGCAUUCUGUGGCACCUUAAAAGACUUAGCACAUUUUAUUGUGGUAUGAGCUUUUAUGAACUAGUGUCCUUUUUAUUAGAUGCAAGAUUACAGCUGAUAAGGUUAUGCCUCAAUAAAAAAUGUUCGUCUUUUUGUUUUCAUUUUAGUUUGACUUGGAACCUGACAAUAUCUCUUAGUAAACCCAAAAUCAGCUGGUAUGGCCUUCUGUUGGUAUCUAGGGACAGUCCAAAAUAAAACCAUACAACACACAGUUCCAGUUGGCAAGUUGGAAAGGGCAAGGAAGCAAGAUUUGGCAAGAAUUUCAGAUGUUUUCCGUUCAUACUCUACACUGCAUGUUUGAGAAUGAAGUUAAUUUUAGAGAUUUUGUUUCUUGUCCAGAUUUGCUCCCAUUGGCACUUUAAAAAAUGUUAGGGGCUUUGAGUCUUUGUUUACAUUAUUUUGUAAAUUCUGUUUUAUUUUUUCACAUUUAACAAGUGAAACAUUUUAGUGCUGCCACUUCCAUCUGUUUUGUUACACUAAACAAAGCAUAUUGAUUGUCACUUAUGCUUCAGUAUCUUUGUCAGGCUAUAUCGUUGAUUUGUCUGUCGCUUCAUCUCUUCUCUCAAACCUGCUGCUCUGUCACUGAAUGUUUUUUUCAAGCUCAGUGUACAGUAGAUAUAGCCAAUGUGGUGCCCUCCAGAUGCUGUUGGACUAAAACUCCCAUCAUCCCUGACCAUGUUUGCUGGAACUUACGGGAGUCCAACAACAUCUCGAAGGCACCAUGUGGGUUAUUUUCUCUCUUGUUUUUGUAUCCGGCCCAGGACCCAGACAUGAAGGAGGGAGAAGCUAGGCAUGCUUUACUGCAGGGAUAGGGAAACUCAGGCUAAUAAUCAUGGAAUAAUUCCAUCCCUUACUCCUGCAAAACAGGAAGAAAGUAAAAUUAGUACUUCUUUCCCUUCACUGAUGGUUGAGGAAUUGUGAACAAUAAAGAACUUUUGUUUCUUGAGCUACUAUUAUGGGCAAAGGAACAAGUAAUUACUGUAAUUGUGGGACUGUGGUUAUUCUUAUCCAAGUAGAGGUUUAUAUGAGUUGCAUACCUCCCAGCUUGUCUCUACACAAGAGCCUGUGUUUCAGUUCAUUUUUCUUCCUGUUGCUGUUAUAGAUUACUUCAUCAGGGAUAUGGAGCCAUGAAAGAAAUGCUCAAGUGGAUGUGUUUGUGUACAAGAAAUAUAAUCCGACUGUAUAAAGUUUCCUGCUGUACUGUUCUUCAACCCGGCGCCCCCAGAUAUUGUUGGGUUAGAACUCUUUACCUGGAUGGUAGCCCAAUGGAUUCAUGGGAGUUGUAGUCCAACAAUAUCUGUGAACACAAGGUUGAAGAACACGGUCCUGGUUCAUAAUGUUAUUAAACCGGAUUAUUGACUGGUAUUUGCAUUUAAGACCUCACCAGUAUUAAAAAAUCAGUGGUCUUCAUGCACAAUUCAGGGUGCUGGUUUUUCCCUAUAAAGCUCUGGAAGGCUUGCAGCCAAAUUUCUGAAGGACCAGAGGCUCUCCUAGGAACCUGUUUGGUUUUAAAAAAUUCUCUAGGAUGUCACCACAGUCAGCAGUUAAUGGCAAUCAGAGACAAGGCCUUUUCAGUGGUGGUUUCCAGUUGUGGAAUAGUAUCUCCCAGAGGCAUUCAGCUGGUGCCUACGUGAAUAAAUAUUAGGCAUCAUGUGAAUUUAAUUCUAUUUUCUUGAGCUUUUUUUGUUACUCCUUUUACUGUUGAUGUUGCAGUUUGUUCUCAGCUUUUGGGGUAGGUGGGUGUUAAAUUUAGCUUGGAAACUUGUGUUGAAUAGCAGUAUUAAAAAUAGUUUACAUUAUUUUUAAUGCGACUGAGCUACACAAUAAGUUGUAUUUGUUGUAUUUAUUAGACUAUUUUAAGUAUGUUUCCUAUAUAGGUUCAUACAAAACAGGAGAUCUUUAUUUUUUGUUACAGAUCGGUUUACACAGUACAGUGCAAAAAACCUUAGGCAAGCCUGGAAUAAGUAAGUCUUUUAUUACCAUGUUCUAUCAAUGUUGCUGAUUUCUUGCCAAUUGUCCUUCCUAAUUAAGAAUAUAUAUCCCUUCACAUUUUGGAAUAUUGUGUGUAUUUCAUAUAUCAGAAGCUACCCAGAUUACUUUUUGCUUCAAAUGUUAGAAGUAUAUUUUUGUGCUUGAGGAUAUACUGUAGGAAAUUAACAAUGCACAAAGGCAAGUUAUACUGGUUAUGAACCUGUAGGUUAGUUGUAGAUGGGUGAGUAAGUGGAUUAAGAACAGAAUAACUGGAAAUACUCAUUUGCCUAAAGGUGAUUCUGCUACUUCUAGGCUCUAUUCUGGCUGACAAUACAAUCCAUAGGCUGCAUAAACUGAUAUACUGGGAUGUAUUUAGUCCCACUGUGUUCUUAUUCGUAUCAUGGGGCAAAUAAAGUCAAUAAUAGCAUUGGAUUAAAAAGUAUAAUUUGCAUAAGGUAUACAUUUCUGGUAAGCUCUUACUGAAAAUUAUUCUGAUUAAACUUAGUACCUUUUAUUUUCCAAUGUCCUGAUAUGAUCACAAUAAAAGCCAAAAGAAUAUCCUUAUUAAAAAUUAUCUUAACAUAUUCCGAGCUCUUUGUGUGCCUUUGCAAAAGGAUUGUUCUUCAGUUUAAAUGAUGUGAUGAAUAAAUGCAUGAAAGUUAUCACAAUAGUACAGUAGUUCAAAAUGGAAAAGAUUUAGUUUGCCAAUUUUACAUAAACAUUCAUGAAAUAUGGAAGGGAUUUCCACCUUUUCUGAUGCAAACAUUUCAGUGUUGUAUUACUGAUUAUGAAUAUCUCUGUGGAUAAUGAUGUUUAUAUUAACAUUUUAAUUGAAAACAUCCUGUUGUUGUUUUGAAAUUGACUUGGUUUCAAACAUUUGUCAACUGUUUGUUUAAUGCAUUUGUUUAAGUGCAAAUAAACAGUAUGAGGGCUUGGUUACAUUUAGAUAUAGCAAGUGGGACUAGAAAAAUGUUUCAGUGGGGAGUACUUCAGUUUAGUAUUUCAGCUGGCCCAGCCAUUUCUUCUUUUACAAUGUUCCAUUCUAUUCUUCUUCCCCCUGGUUUUCUGUCCUCCCCCCCCACACACAGCCAAACAGAUCCUCUGCAGUGUGUGGCCACUGUAUGUCAUUUGGGGGGGUGUACCUGGGUGCCCCCACCCCGCAAUUUUCCCUUGUAAUCUAGGGGUUCUCUAUAAUAUCUCUCUCCCCUGUGCAUAGGUGGUGCGAUUUUGGCUAUGUGAAGAUAGACACUCAGACAAAGAGGUUUCUAUUAAUAUUUGUAUGACUAGUCCUAUGAGAAGUUCCAGUUUUAUGCCCGUGAAAUGUGAAUUGACUCUGAAAGGUGGUAAUUUCUGAAAACUGGAGAGUAUACAAGGGUGAGCCUCGUUGGCAGACCUCUGGGAUUUGUUUGAUGAAGAUGUUUGACAAGCCAUGUGUCUAGCUGGACUUGGUGAAAAGGGAUGCACAUUUUCAAACUUGAGUUGAAUUACAUGAAAAAGAUUUACAUCCCCUUAGACCUAACAAGUUGUGCCAAACUUUCCAUUUAACUGUUGAAGUUCUAAAGGAAAAUAUAAUAGUAACUAAGAUAAUGUGAUUGGGAGUUGGUUUUAAAAUCUUUGAUUUGCAGAGUUGGGGAACAAACCACAACCAUGGACAUUAAAGGGCAGGAUGUACACAGUUAUACAACACAACAUUAUUUUAAUUUUUUCCUGAAAUUUAAAAGGAGAUUGAAACCUUUUCAGAAUAAGACAAAAUCAAAACUUUGCAUUUGAAUCUGUAGAGGAAACACUUUAAUCUCCUUAAAACACUAUGACUUUAUGCCAUGUGUUGAUUUCAGCUGUGUUUUAAUCAGUGUUUAUCUACGGGUUGGGUUCUUAACUAUAGUCUAUAUCAGUUUUUCCUCCAGGAGAAAAGGCAAUACUCAUAUCUGUUCACCAUAAUCCUAGUUUAAAGUAUGAAUGUUCACAUAUGUGGAUAAAAGCUAUCUCUUCCUAUCCAGAACCAACACUGAAGAAGCCUUGAACACCAUGGGCAAAAGUCUAUGUUUGCUUUGGCUUUUCAUAAUGAAAAGCUAUUGGGGCUGAUAAUACAAGUGACCCAUAUUUUACUUGGCAGCAUAAAAUUGUAUCCAGAGUAUUAAGCUGUUAAAUAUAUUUUAUAUACUUUAUAUAUAAAACAUAAAGCUGUUAGCACAACAUCCAGAUGUAUUUAGACCUCUAACUUGUUAGGUACUGAAUAAUUAUCUCAUAGGCAGUAUAUAACUUGAGGUAGCUGUGUCUUUCAAACUAAAUUCUGGUACCUGGCAUUAUGAGCUCUAUUAUCAGGCGAUACAACAGGAAUUUUCUUGUUUGCAACUGUGUCAAAAUUAAAGGAACACUUUGGACACUUGGGGGAGCACUUGGGUUAGUUCAGUAGGCAACACUUUGAAAAUUGCAAACAGUGAAUAAUCCUAUUUGCCAUCAUUUAAUGUCACUAUUUUUAUUUUAGUAAUAAAGAAUAGCCUUUCCAGCCACCCAUAAUCAGUUUUGUUUAAUAAAUACCAUAUAAUAAGUAAUUUUUAAAAAUAAAAUCAUGAUUACUUGAGAUAAUCAUCACUUCAGAGAUUAUCUGUGACUUUUCUGUUGCUUGAACUCCAACUCUCAGCCUCAGCCAGCAUGGGCAGUGGUCAUGGAUUAUGGGAGUUGUAGUCUAAUAACAUCUAGAGAGCAAUAAGUUGGCAACUCCUGUUUUAGAGCAAAUACCCCAACACUUGAGAAAAGGUAGAUGUGCUUACUCAAAAUCUCUUUUGAACAAUUCUGCAUAUAAAGUGAUCCAGACAGAUGUAAAUGAAAAUCAUAGUCUCACAUGUAUGCAGAGAAAUAUAUGGGUGUAUAUGGUACAGUCAUUGAUAUUACUUAAAUAUAUUUUAUUUUUGCUCUUUAGUGUUUGCUGAGUAUGUAUUGUAGUCUGGACAAACCAUUGUAUUGAAUAAACUGCAGAAUAGGGACCCAGCCAAAGUCAGGACCCUCCUGUGAACUAUAGAAGAGGCCGAUGCCAGGAGAUAGAAUAUCUGAGCAAGCUUCUGGGUGGAAGAGAAGGCGUGGCUUAUGAAAAUAGGACCAAACAAUACUUUAAAAAUUUGUUCUUAGUUAUUCAGCACUUUAAAGUAUACUGACCGCUGUGAAUCAGCAUAUAGGACUAAGGAUGUAAGAAGACAUCGUUUUACCUUCCAGCUGUUUCUGUUCUGCUGCAGUUUGUCUUCUACCCAAUCUGACAUUAAUCAUCUUGGUGUCCACUGUGGUAAAAUUACAUAACUUAAUUCAUGUAAGUUUUUUCAUGUCAUUAUGUUAUUCCAUUCCAUUCCUUUCAGUGCAAAUUGGGGGAAUGUAAUGAAUCACAUACCAUUUUCAGAUUGAAAACAGCAGCAAAUAGCAAUAAUUUUUGCUGGAUUUCUUUCUGUUCUGGACAUGGGGCAAAUAUCCAAACACAGGCAAUUUCCCCUUCCAUUUCCAUUAGAAUUCUCUGACAUCCCUGCAAAGGACAGCCAUUUCAACAAAGUCUGGAGGGCUGAAGUUUCCCCAUUUGUGCUUUAUAUAUUUUGACUAGCUGUCAUUCAGUGAACCUUGAAUUUGGGAGAUUCAGACUGGGCAAAAGGAAGUACUUCACACAACACAUAGUUAAACCAAGGAAUUUGCUAGUACAAUAUGAAGUCAUGGCCACCAACCUGCUUUAAAAGGAGAUUCAGUAAAACUAAAGGACAAUAAAGCCUCCAGCAUAAGAGGAAGCAUGCCCCUGAAUAAAAAUUGCUGGGAUCACAAGCAGGAGUGCAACUGUCUUCAUGUUCUCCUUGGGAUUUUCCAUAACAUCUGGUUGGCUGCUGUGAGAACAGAAUGCUGGACUGCAUGGGCCUUUGAUCUGAUCCAGCUGGGUGGUUCUUACGCUUUUAAGCUGAAUAUGCUUAUCUCCUAUAUCACUUUAUCACCAUCAUCACUAACAGUCUAUAUGUAUUUUUAGCUGUCUCAUCACAGCUGACGACCAUCCAUGCCACUUUUUUGCUGUCUUUGUUCAUGACAUGCUGUUGAAGAUUCUUUCCCAGUUCUCCUUUUUCUAUGUUUGAAUGUUGUAAAUUACUAUUUCUUGAUAUCUUCCAUUGAAAUAUCUGUUUUGAUGGUUCUGAAUUUUCUCUAUACUGAAUCUAAUUUCCCCUCUUCCUCUCUAUCUUCUAUAGGCCUAUUUGUUAUAUCCUUAGUGAGGUUCUGCAGUGCCUUCUACUUUAGGGUAACCAUUGCUGUGAGUUCAUGUACUGUUUAGAUUUUUGCCAGGUUAUUAAUAAAGAUGUUAAAUAAAACUGGAUAACACUAAUCCCUGUAACACACAGCUGGAUAUUUCCCCUCUGAAUCAAGAGAUUCUCUUUAUCUUUACCCUUCAUUUAUGGUUGUCAGCCAGUUUCCAGCCUGUGUGACAUAUCCAAGUUAAUUUGAGUUAUUCUGGAAAAGCAAGAUUAUUUAGCAACAUUCUAAACAUACAAUUACUGGAAAAAAUUGCAUGAGAUUCGCCACUUUUUGCAUGCUUUUAGCCUUGAGUUUAGAUUCCCCCCUCCCCCUGCUUGUAUUCUAUUAUUUAUGUGGGGAGACCUGGCUCCUCAAAGUGGCAAAAACUACUCUUUUCAGAAAAGCAAAUUAGAACAGAACCCAUUGUUUGCAUGACUGCAGCUUAAUAAUAGUCUCUGAAAAUCAGUCCCCCAACCAUGGACAAUAUAUUUAGAACCUAAGAAAAUAAUACUCCUGCUCUGUCCAAUAUUAUUAUUAAUUUCCGCCCCCUUUUCAUCCUAAGGUGCCAGGGUGGCUUACAACAAUUAAAACACUUUAAAAACAGUUGACAGUUUACAGCCCCAGAAAUACAGUGGGUCUGAAAACCACACAUCUCAAAAGCUAUGGUAAAAAGAUGUGUCCUCAGCAUUACCCAGAAGCUGUAUAAGGAAGGUAUAAGAUACACCUCUGUGGGGAGGGAAUCCCACAGUUUAGGGGCUGUCCCAGAGAAUGCCCUCUAGUGGUGUGCUACCACCCUGAACUUCUAAGAAAGGUGGAACAACUUUCUGCUGAUCUUAAUACACAAUGGGGUCUGUUGUGACCUUUCUGGCAUGAGCCUGGAAAUGAACUGGCGACCAGUGCAGCUGUUUCAAAACAGUGGUUAUAUGAGCUCUAAACAGAACCACAGCCAGUAAUCUGGACACUUUAUUUUGGGCUCUUUGAAGUUUCCUAGUAUUUUGAAGGGCAGGCCCAUGUGGAGCAUAUUGAAAUAAUCUAAUCUGGAGGUUACCAGAACAUGGAGUACAGUGGCCAAAUCAUCUCUGUCCAGAUGGAGUAAUAGCUGGUGAACCAGAUGGAGCUGGAAAAUAGCAGUCCUAAACACUGAACUCAUAUGACAAUGUUGAAUCCAGGCGCACCCCCAAACUGCACACCUGCUCCUUCCAGAGGAGUGGGAUUCCAACCAGGACAUCUAUCUCCCCACCUCCUAUACAUGAGAAUUUAAGACACCCAAUACACAUGUCUUUUCAGGAUUCCGCUUCAGUUUAUUGGCCCACAGCCAGCCAAUCACAGCAUAGACACUGGUCUAUGGAAUAAGAGCAGAAUAAUCAUCAAUAUUCCGUUUCCUAUAUUGAUUACAAUAAUUUUUGUCACAUAUGGACCCUAUUUUGACUGCCAGUACAAUCCAUGGCCUGUGUAAAGUGAUAUGCUGGGACUUGUUUAGUCUCAUCAAGUUCUCAUCCAUAUCACAGAAUAAAUAUCCAUAUAAUACGCAGAAGGUAUACAUUUUUUAUACACUCCGUUACCAAAAAGGGUUCUUAAACAUCUUAAUAAAAUAUGCUGUACAAUGACUUGUAGAAAAUGCAAGGUUUAUGUUUAUGUUUGAGCAACACUUCUAGUCAAGAUCCAUAUGCCAUCAUAGUUUUCAGAUCUUCUAUGUACCCCUACCUUUUGGUAUGAUUAUUUUUUUAUACUGUUCACUGGUGUCCCUGUGUGUGUUUUUUUAAUAAAAAAAACAAAAACAAAAAACAAUUGGGCAUGUUGUUUUUGUUACUCUGUUGCAGCCUAUAGGCAAGUUCGCCAUUGGUUUUUAAAUGUUCUUAGGUGUUCAUUAUCCUUUUAGGUGCUGUUAACUGUUUAAAAUGUUUUACAUGUGUUUUUAUUUUGAAUGCAUUGUUUAUACCUAGUUGCUUGUCACCUUGGGCUCAUUUGGGAAGAAGAGUAGGAUAGAAAUGGAUAAAGAACAGGAGUAUCAUUUUUAAAGUGUAUAAUAAUUACUUUUAAUAAUCAGGAUGUCCACUGGAGCUGCUUGAUGAAAUGUAAGGUUGUAUUUUUACCACUGCAUUGUCCAUUUAGUUGUGUCCAUUUACCACUGUUGUCCAUUUCGUUGUGUACUAUGAAUAAAUAAAUUUACAAUAGUAUUGGUGCACCUGUCAUUGCUGGAGGGCAGAUAAGCGAGUGAUUCCAAAGGGAGCUGACCUUUUUCUUUUAGGCACUGAGUCACUUUCAUAUCCUAAGGCACAAAUUCUAUGUCAAAGCUGUUAUAUUCCUCACUGUAUUGUGCUUUAAAGUGUCUCGUUCUGUGGCCAUAACAUGAACCCCAUAAAAAUACUUAAAAUCAUUAAGCCUUUGUAGAUAGUAACCUAAUUUUUAAGAUGGUUAUGUAAGGUCAGUUAUGGUGUGAUUACAUUCAGAUUUAGUUUAAAGCCAAGCCUGUGGUGCAAUUUUCUGAUAGGUCAGUUGCCAGGUUCAAGUACGACUGUCUAAACAGUAGAGUCACCUGGCUGCACACUGUGUUUUUACAAAAAAUAAAUAAAUAAAUCUUUCAAAUUAGGUAUGGAGAAUCAUCAUGACUAUCAAUUAUAAUCAGGUAGUUGACAGUCACUGCAAAAUGCAAUGUUUUAUCUUUAAUGCUGUACUGUUUUUAACACUUGAUUGGGAGCCGCCCAGAGUGGCUGGGGAAACUCAGCCAGAUGGGCGGGGUAUAAAUAAUAAAUUAUUAUUAUUAUUAUUAAUUAAAUACUUGCUUCUCAGACUAUUGAUUCUACAGCAUUUCCACAUUGCAGAAAUACUCGGUCAUAAAUUCAGUGAAACCAACCACAUUUUUUGUUUGUGAAUCUUAAAUCCUUCAAUGCAUAAACCAAGAUAAGAUGUCAGCCAUAUGCCUUCUUAUGCCUUUUUAUUUCCCUUUAAUGAGGAAUCUUCAAGCCUAGAAGCAACCUACUUCAGAGUAAUCUCACCAAAUGCAGUACAUUUGUUUAUAGCCCUCAGCAGCUUUUUUUGUCCUCAGGCUGAGUUAUAAAAUAAAUGUUGACAGCUUCCUAAUUACUCUCAUAUCUGAAAUAUUUAUUAUCAGAUUUCUUGUUGAUGGCAUAAGAUUUUGUCAAGAUGAAUAUUAUGUUGUCUGUUCUCAGUGAAAUUAGACUCCCCCUUAAGAACUAGGUUUGUAGUUUGAGCAUACGCCUGAACCUGGAUUCACUGCUUUAAUCAGGUGGCAAUGGGGGCCUGGAGUGCUUUUUUAAUUGCCUAUGUUGAUUUGGUAGCUGUAUCCCUUUCUGGGAGUCAGAUACCUGGCUACUGUGGAUUAGUUAGUUACCUUCAAACUGGAUUUCUGCAGAUAGGGACGCGGAUGGCGCUGUGGUCUAAACCACUGAGCUUCUCGGGCUUGCCGAUCGGAAGGUUGGCGGUUCAAAUCCCUGCAACGGAGUGAGCUCCCAUUGCUCUGUCCCAGCUCCUGCCAACCUAGCAGUUCGAAAGCAUGCCAGUGCAAGUAGAUAAAUAGGUACUGCUGUGGCAGGAAGGCAAAUGGUGUUUCCAUGCGCUCUUUCUUUCACGGUGUUCCAUUGCGCCAGAAGCGGUUAAGUCAUGCUGGCCAAAUUACCCGGAAAGUUGUCUGUGGACAAACACCAGCUCCCUUGGCCUGAAAGCGAGAUGAGCACCUCAACCCCAUAGUCGCCUUUGACUGGACUUAACCGUCCAGGGGUCCUUUACCUUUACCUUUUACUGCAAUGGCUUUUGGCGACUGUGAGAGACUGCAGUGGAGAUGUGGGGUACUACAACCCGCACUAUGGAAGCACAUUGAACUGUCCUGGUAGUGAGCACAAGCUACUGACACAAUGCAUUGGCACUCCACCAUUGCUUCCCAGCACUUAAAGAUAAUAACGUGAAGUUCUCUCCUCCUAUGCUGCCACUCUGUGACAGUCAGCACCAACUGGUUGCCACCACUGGUGUCUAAUAACAUUGCCAAUUGUCCUUGAGAUUUUUGAAGAGUAUUUUAUUGUAGCAUGUUAAUGCUUGGCUUUUUUUCUGGUAUACUCUAUUGCCAGAUGUCACAGGGCCUUGCUAGCUAGUGAGCAGCCUGCAAAUCUUAAAUAAAAUUGUAUAAAUAGCCUAGUCUGAACCCAAUAUACCUACUUCUCACUAUACUAUGUUCCAUUACAACUCUUAAAAUUACUGCAUCCUAUUGAGUUUGCCCAUCUAUGCAAAGUAGGCUGCAAGGCAUGCUUCUUACUGGAGCUGAAAUAAGAAUGCCUUCUGGACACAGCAGAGUAGCUGUUUUUUGUGACCACGGAUAUGAUUAUAAGACUUGCAUGUUGCUAACAGCUUUGAAACUUUGGGAUAGAUGAUACAAAUCAAAUGAAGUGCCAUGUAUGUUAAAUAAAGAAUGCGAAGUAAUAAGGAAUACUCCUAUUUUUCUAUAUCAUUAAACUUUCCUCAUUAGCCUGACUUGAUAGCAAAUAAAAGAAAUAAAAAAGAUUAAUGUGGCAGGGACAAGAACCCCCUUCCAAGUGUGACAGACCUAAAUCCCCUGCUGGAAAGAUUUGUAGCUAACAAUGAUGAAUGCUCACUGGCUGCAGUGACUGCAGAGGUGCACCCUUUUAGGGCAGAAGCUCUUGCUGGAGUUGCUGAACACACACACCAGUUCUUAUUUACAUUAUAAUGAAAUUAAGAGUUUUCAAGUUCUGUAUGUUAAGAAAGGAGACAGGGAAUGAGAUUUAUGAGUUCUAAUGUUUCUUUAGUAAGAGCAGAGCUGAUUUUAAAGAUGAAAGCCUGGACAGCUCGUAACGGCAGCCACACUUUCAUUUAGAGUGAUUUAAUAGGAUAACUUUGCUAGAGACACAGCGUUUUCACCAGUAAGAAAUUUAAAAUCCAAUGUUCUCCUUUAGUUUCUUUUGAAGACCAACAAUUGAAGUUACUGAAGAGCAAAUGUGUGUGCAUUGGAAGGGAGGGGGGGAUCUGCAGUGAAUGAUGUGCUAAGACUAUUUCAGAUAUUCCUGUGGAGUUUUUAUUUCCCCCUUUUUUGCUCCUCCUUGGCUCAUGUCCAGUCACUGAGGAAAUAAAUAUGUGAAGAAAGUGCACUCUGGAAUGGUAACUGCAGUGUUAUUUCCCCCCCUUUUAUCAUGUCCAAGAUUCAGUGAAGUUGAUAUAAAUUCACCAUGCCUUCUUUAAAAAGCAUAACAAAAAGGCAUUCUUCCUUUAAGAGUCAGACUGUAAAAGGUGAUUUUCUUUUACUCAGUUUAGUUUAAGCCUGUAAAAAGCAUUAACUGAAAAAUCUGAUAUAUUUGUUAGGGCAUUUAUUGCAUUAGUAACAUAUAUUUUAAAUUCUCAGUGAAAGGUUUAUAGAGAACAUAAACCUUGAAGAGUUUUUGCUCAGGAUUAAAGAUUCAUUCUCUCUUUACUGGAGAAAUAAUAGCCUAUAAAAUGAUGUUUUUAGUAAUUAUUUUAGCUCUGUUUAUUUUUUAAAGCUGUUCUAUUCAGUUUGCUGCAAUGGACAAAGGAGGACUUUAAAGCCCUCUCCAGGUUAGAAGAUAUGUACCCUUUAAUGCCUAUUUAUUUAUUUAUUGAAAAGAGCAGCUUCUAAUUAAGAGAAGCCACAGUUGUAGUGUUCCAUUCAAAUUUUGUUCAUAGCUAGCCUGCAACCUUCAAACACACUACAAAUCUUGCACAUUUUCCAAAAAAAAUCUGUAAUGGUGUAAGUAAUCUUUCCCCCCUCAUAUGCUAUAAUGAAUAAUAUUAGAAGAACUGGACUGCUGAAAGAAUUAAGAUAACUGACUGACUGGUGUGCAAAUUGAAAGGAAGUCAUUGCUGAAAUCUUUCUAGAUCCCAAAGUGGUGAGGGGCUGGAGGAUGCUAUAAUUAAAGUAUCUUGAAAAACACAUUUUUCUCUCAGAUAUAUUUUUUUAAAUGUAAAAUUUGAAAUGGCAUUGUUCUCACAGUCCAAAUCCUUAAAUGUGAACUAUGUCCCUUCUUUAAACUUUGACAAAUACCACCAUAUUUUUGUGCUUCACAGUUCCAGUUUACACAAUAAAGGCUAUUCAGAAAGCAUCAGGAGGAAGAGCAGCAAAAUUGUGACAAAUAUUGACAAGAGACAAGAGAGGAUAUUAGUUCCCCAGCACUUUCAUUUAAUACAUGGUUGCUUGAUGUCAGAGGCUUAUUUCCAUAUGAUAGACUUUUGAUUUAUAGGCAGCAAGAAUUGUAUAUUUUACUAUGGUGUUCAUUGUUAUUUAAUCACUUGAAUGUACUCAAAAUAGUCCAUGGUCAGUGGCCAACAUGAUGAAACAAGCUCCUUAAGAUCAUGUACCAGGAAAGGUACAACAACUAUCAAGAACAUCAUUGAAUGUUACCACUUUUUAAAAUGUUGUGGACUUCACACACACACACACACACACACACACACACUCAAUUAUACAUUACAAAUACUUAAAACAUGUGCUGAGAAUCUUCCAUAAGAAGAUUCUUAUGGAAGAAUAUCCGGUAUCCUCUCCACAGUGGCCAGUCAGAAGCCACUCCCAGUUGCUUAGAGCAUGGGGCUGAUAACGCCAUGAUUGCAGGUUUGAUUCCCGUAUGGGCCAGCUACAUAUUCCUGUAUCGCAAGGGAUUGAACUCAGUGAUCCUUGGGAUCCCUUCCAACUCUACAAUUCUGUGAUUCUAUUAAGCCCUAAAGGAAGCCCACAAGGAAGAAAUGGGGGCAAUAUCUCAUUCUCCAUUUUAUUCCUGAGCAACUGUUAUUCAGACGCAUGCUGUGCUGAUCCUGGAAGUAGUAUGUAUAUAACCUUAUCCUCCACGUCUAAUCCUCUUUUACAGGCAUCUAAGAUACUGACCAUCACCACAUUUUAUAGUAGCAAAGUCCUAACUACAUGCUAUGUCCUUCUGUAUGUUCUGAAUCUCACAACGGUCAUUAGUUGAUCCCAGGUUCUAGUAUAAUGAGAGGAGAAUAGCGCAUCUCUAGUCACUUUCCCCCACUGAUAAUUUUAUAAAUCUCCUUCAUAUCCCCUUUUCCUUGUGGGGCCACAAUACAAAAUUGGAUAAGUUGUAAGUAAACUCUUUAAAAAAGUGAAAUACUUAUUGAAUAACUCCAUACCAGUAACAUUUACUGUUUACACUAACAUAGUUAAAAUACUGUGGGCUCAGAGCAUCUAAUAGAUCAACAGAGCAUGAUAGUUUUAUUUACUAUAUCUUAAACCGCUUCACAACAGUAUCUCAAGGACAUUCUAUACUGGUUUUAUAAUAAAAAUAAACUAUGGUACUAAUACUGGCCCAAUACAUUUUGGCACUUGAGGCAAACCACAAAAUUGUGCCCCUUCCCAGGAAGAAGGGGUGAGUGAAUACAUCAGAAACGAGGGGGAAUAAAAAUUUACAGGAGACCAGCAGCUCCUAUUUUCCAAGAGGCCAUUGUAGAGGUGGCAUGAGGAGAUUUGACCACCUGUGGUAGCAGCAGCAGUGGGUGAUGCAUUCCUUGGAGGCUGGCUCUGCUGCCCCUGUGGAUCCUCACCUUGCCUCAUGGGUAUUCCCUGUAUGGUACAAUAGUUUAAGAGCUGUACCACAUGGUUUCUGAUUCUGCUUGAGUAAGAUACUUAAAAUCUUAAUGGCAAAGUAGACUCUUUUUCCUAAGUGCUGAAAGCAACAGAUUUUCUGAACAGGACAUUGGUUGUUGUGGUAAGAUGGAGAUGGCUACCCUGUGGCCCUUCAUCUUCCCUUGUCAUUGGCCCUCCUGGCUGGGACUCAUUAGUGUCGAACAAUAAUUGGAGUAUCAUAGGGUAGUAUCACCUCUGGUAAGAGAACCUUUUGUUCCUAGAAACUUCUGCCAUUGCUUUCUAGUUUGGACUAGUCAUUUUAUUUCAGUGGAGCUAUGCAUAGUGUACUCUUUCUGGUGGCAUAAUUUUACAGAUUUUAGAUCUUUACCUUGAUGCAUUCAAAUUGUGCUGAUACUCUAAACAGAAAACUGCUGAAGACUAAAAUUCUUGGAAUUGAGUAUAUUAGCUGGUUGCCAUUCAAGUCUUCCCAUUGGUAUAGCUACUUUUUUGUCUCAAGCAGGGAUAAUGCCAAACUAAGGAAAAUUUGAAGUCAGACAUAGUGAUAUUUUGUAAUUGAACAACCAGUAUUUCAAAGUGUUCUGAAUAUGUUGCUCUGAGUUUCACCUGCAAAGGAGCGGGUUGUAGUACUUGUUGAAUCAGAAAAUGCUGGCAUGUUGUGGGUAACCUUCAGAAGUGCUCUCCUGAUUUGCUGUCAAAAAUAUAUACAGGGUUAAUCUUUGUUUUUUAAUCAGGCCUUGAUUUUGAAAGUGAACUUGACCUCUGUCCCUCAUUUAAUUUAACCAGCAAAGCACCAUAAGUUCAGAGGUUCAGUGCACAUGCCCAAAUCUUUUUUUCCCUUUGAGGGCUUCAGUAAUCCUAGUCAUGUUCAGCUUGACCAAGAAUUGACCCUCUUUGCAAUAGGAAGAAACCCAGUGUGCUCUCUAUGAAAUUAAAUCAAAUGCUUGUGAUCAAGAAUUUUGUAAGGGGGGGGGGAGUAAUGCAAUAAUAAGCCAACAGCUUAUGUGAUUUGCAAAUUGUGUUAAGGAACAGUUGCAGUUAACUUCCAAUUCAGCCAAACAUGCUCUUAAGACAUUUUAAAUGGCAUUGGUCAUUUUUCAGAUACCUGCAGAUUAGGUUGUUCUAAAGAUCAUUCCAGUAGUGCUAAUUACAUUAUUGAAUGGUCACAACUGUAGUACUUGAUUGUACUCAUCUGUAAAAGCACUCCAUUGCAAUUACGCUAUCAUGGCCAACCACUAUUGCUUUCUAAUUAGUGCGGAAGCAAGUGAAGCAUCAGCACUGAAGCUUACUGUAUCACACAUGCCAGUAUAGACUGCUGAGAAAUGAAACAUGCUGCAGUGCCUUAGACACACAAUUAUAUUCUAUUAAAUUCUACUCUGACACCAAGUAGAGCAAGGUGCAUGUUAGAUUCAGUAGCUAGUUUCUUUGGUGGUUUGUCAGUUUCUCAACCUUGGGAGAUGUUGUUGGACUGUAACUCCCAUCAUUCCUGGUCAUUUGUCAGGUAGGAUAGAAAUUGUAGCUCAAGAACAUCUGAGGACACAAAGUUGAGAAAGGCAGCUCUAGAGGGUAGGACCCAAACCAACAGGUUCAAAAUACAAUAAAUGCAUUUUUGAAUAAUGCUGUUGUUGUUGAAUAAACAUUAAGAACCUUCUGACAGUGUGAGCUGUUCAUCAGUGGAAUUGACGCCUUUGAAAUUUGUAUACUCUCCUUUAUUAGAGACUUUUAAGCACAAGCUGAAUGCUGCUUGUUCAGGGUGCUAUAGCAGUGGUUUCCCUGCAUUGGCAGGGGUUGGACUACUAGAGGAACUUAGAAGUCCCUUCCAGUUCUAUGAUGCAAUGAAUCAAUUUUUUCCCUGAUUCCACUCCCCCGUGGUUGACUUUCCUUUAGUAUGCAUAAAAGAUCUGCUCAUUUGAAAUACAUUGUACACAUUUUAUCCUUUCUAUAUCCAUUCUGCGACAGAAGCAUUACUGGUGGGAAGAAAUUUGAAGACUAAUCUUUUAAUAAAAAUGUAAUUGUUUUAUUUCAGCAAUGAACACCUAAUAGCUCUUGUUGAAAAUCAGAUAACUUCUGCAUAUAGCUUUACUAACUUAUAUUUGGAAAUAUACUUUGGUGCUUUAAAGCCAUGCAGUUGAAUUUGAGAUGGGUGUUUGGCUUAAUCCUACAAGGAUACUGUGCCAAGUUACUUAGAUUUAUAUUAUAAUUAUUUUAUGAGCCCAUAUACGUGGACAUUUGAAUAUGCUUUUCUCUACCUUUGUCUGCCAACUGUGUCUUUGUGAGCAAUCUAUGUACUGACAUUUACUAGUGCCCUUCACUCUGAAGUGUUUUCUUGUAAAUGUCAAGAAUAGCUGAAUGGAACCAUUCCCACCAUUUGAAUACAAAUUCUUGCAGAACUGGAGUCUAGUUGGUAGGUGACACUGUGGCCUGUGUUUGUAUUUCAAACUGAAAAUGCAGAAAAGAACAGCAGUUGAUUUUGAAAUACUGUAUAUGUCCUCUACAACAAUUCAGUUAAACUCAGUGGCACUUAAUUUGUGAGUAAAUAUUUACAGGACCAACCUAUAAAUAAAUUGCAUUGAGAUCCCAUUGAAAUCGACAUGAAAGCUGAUUAUUAUCCCAUUUAUUUUGGUGGGAACUAAGUACAAUAACGUAGCCAGAUUCCAACAUGCAGAUACAGAAACUCAUGGCUUGACUGUAGCCUACAUAGAAAUACCAACAGAUUCAAAAGCAGGCUAACAAAAUGUCGGUCUGUGUCGUAAAAACCAAAACAAAAGCCUAUCUUGGUCUAAAACCAAUCUCAUAAGAAAACUAAAAUUAUUUCUUGCCACAUCAAGUGCAAAUAGACUUACUUGAAAAGGUAUUCCACAGUUUUUUCAGAAUUAAUGUUUAUUUCACAAUUUGAGAGAUCGAGAGGUAUGAAUCUAUUUUAUCUGUUUCAGAGCACUGGGUUCCAUAGGGUGAUCUCCCAUUACUUUAUUGGUGGCCAUAAAUCAGUAGGCAUCCCUCGCUUCAGGGGAAAUCUGGAGCAAACAAAAUGAACAGUUGGCAGGGUUUUGAUGUGUUAUGCUUUGGGAAAACAUGAUGAUAGAAGAAUUGGAGGGGGGGGGGGUCUGUAAAGGUUAGGGCAUUUAUAUGCUUUCCCCUCCAUUCACCAGAAAGCACAGAUGAUGAGAUGCCCUUCCUUUUGCAGUCAGGGUCUUCCACAAAGAUUUCUGCUUAGAAAUGUGAGAUGUUGGGUGGGAAAUGUUGAGAGGACACUGAAUUUCUACAGUAACUGUAGCAGAGAGGUGAAGGUCCUUGGCUUUGUAGCAUCUUGAAAGGCAAGGAGCCACUGUCUCUGCACUCUGCUUACUUCAAAAAUGUCUGCUAACAACUAAAAGGACAGUAACUAAAGUGUAACGAUAAAUUUUAAUGUUUGUAACUACUGCCAAUGGCUGUGAAUAAGCCAUGUAAGUUACAGCGGUGAAAUUUGGCGAGGUACAUGGACCUGGCUCUAUAUUUCUGCUUUCCUUGAUAUCGUUAUAUACGGCAUAACCAGUGAGAGUAGUUUCUCUUUUUUUCUUUGUUGUCUCACUAAUUUUUCUCUGCUUAUGUUUAAGGCUAAGCUAUGUGAAUCAUGCAGAGGAUCUGGCCUCCAAAUUACUCCAGUGUUUCCCAAAGAACAGAUUGUCAGCACAGGCAGCUCUCAGCCAUGAGUAUUUCAGUGACCUGCCCCCACGGCUAUGGGAACUAACUGACAGUGAGUAUAACAAAACAUCCACAUAGAAUAAAGGCAAGGAAGUGUGUGUGUGUGUGUGUGUGUGUGUGUGUGAUUCUGCAGUUCAAAUUCCAUACUUUGCUUGACACAGGAAAAAUGGACUCUCCCUUGCUAUCUCUACUAUGCAGUAUGUAGCUAUCUAUCUUUGUAUUUGAUUAUAUGUGCAGUAAAGAGAAUUAUUUGAAAUGCCAUAAAGAAAGGAAGGGAGAGGGAAAUAUAAUUUACAUAUUUAGUGCUUUUUACUUCAUAAUAUGCACCACUUUUUAACAUGCUGCAGUUCACGGGACAAUAAUCCAGUGAUAUUCUCAAACAUUAUAUAUGCCAAAAUAAUAACAAUUUAAAAAAGAUUUUUGUAUUUAAAAGAUUGAAGAACACAAAGCACACAAUUGAUUAAUGUGCAGGAUUUAAACAUAUGAAAGAUAAACUUGAGUUCAUUUUCUUAUAGCUUGAGGAUGCUUUCAACAUUCAAACACUGUCCUUUGUUUUUUCAUUUUAAACAAAAUGUAUUAACGUUAUUAUAAGUAAUAUGAUCCCAACAAGAUGCUGCCAAUUUUCUUUUUAACUAGCAAGGAUUUUUAUUGACUUUAGUGUUCUUAAAAAGUCAUUGCAGCACAUUCAGACAAAGGCAUAUUUACAUUGGAUGAGGUGGCAGGGAUAAUUUUACCAAUAUAAAAUUGGUGUAAAUCAAUUUCACUUUCAGGUGAUACUCAUUUCUGCCAGCACAAUGAACAAAAAUGCUCUUGAGGACGCAUCUUUUUAACUGGUCACGUUUGCUUAGUGAAUUACGUUUCUCUUUCAACCCCAUUACUAUCUGGAUUUCUCAGGCCCAUUUGGAGAAAUAACGAGGCUUGGUCAGACCUGCUGCAGUUAGAUAUGUGAGGGCCUGGGUGAUGGAAUGGACAUUUCCCCCCAGAAUCCUCUUUGUUCUCCCCCCCCCAAAAAAAGGGGAAAGUGUUGGACUAUGAAAUGUGAAAGGGUAGAUAAGCUUGUUUCAUUCUGGGUAAAACUUCAGUUUUUAGAAGUACAUGAUAAAUAUGACAAAUAUGAAAAAGUAGGAACUGGUAGUCAUAGCUCAGGAAAUCAGACUGAUUAAAUUUUAUGUAGUACUCACUGAGUCUUGGUCCCUUCCCCCAAUUUUCCAACUCUGUUAAUGGAAAUGAGUGCUUAACAUUGUGGAGGACUGAAAGAAACAUGGGUGGUAUUCAGUGCUAGUCCUACUCAUAGACCUACUGAAGCUAGUAGACUUUACCAGCUUAGGUUCAUUAAUUAAUUUCAAUGACUUAGUUGAAUAGAAUACAUACUAAUUUUCUCCUUUUUUUACUGUAAUGCUGAUGGUUUCUCCUGCUUUUAUUGCUUUUGCCUGCUCAUAAACUGGCAGAAUGCUAGGUUCCUUAAAUAACAACAACAACAACAACAACAACAACAACAACAACAACAACAAUUUAUUAUUUAUACCCCGCCCAUCUGGCUGAGCUUCCCCAGCCACUCUGGGCAGCUCCCAAUUGAGUGUUAAAAACAAUACAGCAUUAAAUAUUAAAAACUUCCCUAAACAGGGCUGCCUUCAGAUGUCUUUUAAAAAUAGGAUAGCUGCUUAUUUCCUUCACAUCUGAAGGGAGGGCAUUCCACAGGGUGGGCGCCACUACCAAGAAGGCCCUCUGUCUGGUUCCCUGUAACCUCACUUCUUGCAAUGAGGGAACCGCCAGAAGGCCCUUGGCACUGGAUCUCAGUGACCAGGCUGAAUGAUGGGGGUGGAGAUGCUCCUUCAGGUAUACUGGACCAAGGCCGUUUAGGGCUUUAAAGGUCAGCACCAACACUUUGAAUCGGAAAACGUACUGGGAGCCAACAUACUUUGCUCGGAAACUUACUGGGAGCCAAUGCAGAUCUCUCAGGACUGGUGUUAUGUGGUCCUGGCGGCCACUCCCAGUCACCAGUCUAGCUGCCACAUUCUGGAUUAAUUGCAGUUUCCGGGUCACCUUCAAAGGUAGCUCCACGUAGAGCGCAUUGCAGUAGUCCAAGCGGGAGAUAACUAGAGCUUGCACCACUGUGGCGAGACAGUCUGCAGGCAGGUAGGGUCUUAGCCUGCGUACCAGGUGGAGCUGGUAGACAGCCGCCCUGGACACAGAAUUAACCUGCGCCUCCAUGGACAGCUGUGAGUCCAAAAUGACUCCCAGGCUGCGCACCUGGUUCUCCAGGGGCACAGUUACCCAAUUCAGGACCAGGGAAUCCCCCACACCCGCCUGCCCCCUGUCCCCCCAAAACAGUACUUCUGUCUUGUCAGGAUUCAACCUCAAUCAAUUAGCCUCCAUCCAUCCUCCCACUGCCUCCAGGCACUCACACAGGACCUUCACCGCCUUCACUGGUUCUGAUUUAAAAGAGAGGUAGAGCUGGGUGCCAUCUGCAUUCUGAUAAACACUUCAUAUAGAUAUUAAAAAGCAUGGGGGAGAGGACGGAACCCUGAGGCACCCCACAAGUGAGAGCCCAGGGGUCUGAACACUCAUCCCCCAACACCACUUUCUGGUCACGGCCCAGGAGAAAGGAGCGGAACCUCCAUAUAACAGUGCCCCCAGCUUACCGUUCAGCAGCUUGUAGCUCUAUGUGUAACAACUUUUUUUUCAAAAAGCAAAUUCAAUUUGUAAUUAACAACUGAAUAAAUUUAGGAACAUCUUAUAUUUCUAAAGCAACAAAGUGACAUUCGAUCUGCUAAAAAAAAUAAGAAUUGCAUAUUUUGGGGUGGGGCUGGGGAACAGGAAACAAAACAGGUUCCCUCCACCAUGACUUCAGUUUUUUCAGAAAUUCUACAUCUCUAGUUGCAAAGCUUUUUAGACAUUUACAGAUCUAAUGUGUGAGCUAAACAGCAAAUAUCUUGGUUUACAGAAAGUUCUGUGAUCAUGGAGGCAUGACAAUUGCUGUGAAAAACUAACUACCCGGUUCUUGUAUUAACAUUUGUAUGCAUAAGUGUGUACUUGAGAACAGCCAGCGCAACUUGUUGAAAUGAUAUGUGUACGAAAUCAGCCCUUGGGCACUGUGGAAUGUGGUGCUUAUGGGACCCAAUUGCUCCAAUAGGGAAGGGCCAUGGCUUAGUGGUAGAGCAUGUGCCUUACAUACAAAUGUGGGAAUGUUAAGGAUAGUAGGAAAGGAUAUAUUGAAUAAGUAUUAUCCUUCCUUCACUCACGCUAGUAAGUGAUGUAGCAGAGCAAAUUCCCCACAAUAUACCGUAUUUUUCGCCCUAUAGGACGCACUUUUUCCCCUCCAAAAAUGAAGGGGAAAUGUGUGUGCGUCCUAUGGGGCGAAUGCAGGCUUUCGCUGAAGCCUGGAGAGCCCCACUGCCAGCCCCACAAGCUCGGGGGACAGCGGGGAGGCGCAGCGCGCCAUCCCGCUGUCUCCCGACGUUGUUUGGAGGCUGGUGGCGGGGAGAAGCCUGCUUCUCCCCGCCGCCAGCCCCGCAAGCUGGGGGGACAGCGGGGAGGCGCAGCGCACCAUCCCGCUGUCUCCCGACGUCGUUUGGAGGCUGGCAGUGGGAAAAGCCUGCUUCUCCCUGCCGCCAGCCCCGCAAGCUUGGGGGACAACGGGGAGGCACAAUGCGCCCAGGCUUAGCUUCAGCCCUGGGAGCCUGGCGCUGGGCUCCCAUGGCUUGCAGAGAGCUGCAUGUUCUGGGGGCUAGGGUCGGGGGAAGCUCGGGCUUCCCCCAUCCCAGCCCCGCGCCUGGGGGGGGAAAAUAAUUUCCCCCCCUUUAUUUCCCCCCCCCAAAAAAAUUAGGUGCGUCCUAUGGGCCGGUGCGUCCUAUAGGGCGAAAAAUACGGUAGCUGGAAGCUAGUUUGCAGAUUCGUUUGAAUCUCUUAGGUAAGUUUAUUUCCUGGUGUCCCCUUUGAUCCCACUUAAAAAAGUAAAGACACAUGACUCUUUCUGAGUAAAGUAACAAAAUGUUUACCCACAUUUUCAGUUCAUGAUUUUGAUCCCUGAAAGGCAGACUUUACUUGGUAGUUACACAAAGAAACUGUGAGCUUAUCUCGUAUGGACAUGGAACUCAUGGGCUGCUGGCUAAGAGCCCAUGAGACAAAAAAAAUGGCUGCAAGAGAGCAGCAUGGCAGCAAAAGAACAGCAAGACAAUAGAAAGACAAAACAGAUGACCUGAGAAAAUGGCUGCAUGACUUGGCUCUUUUAUGGAGUCAGCCAGAGGCACGCCCAUCUCCCAGGUCACAUGCAGUAGGAGGAAGCUCCAGUGGAACAGGAAGUUACACUGACUGGAUGUCCCCCUGCCUGUGCCCACUCUAGGGAAAUAAGGAAUGUUGCAUUUGACUGCACGAGUGGAUUACAUCCCACAACAAAAGCUCCCAGGUUCAGUACUGGCAUCUCCAGGCGCAUCUAAGAAAAACUCCUAUCUGAAAGCCCAGAGAGCCACUGUCAGUCAGUGAACUAGUUAAACCAGUACUCUUGACUCAGUAAGCAUGACAGCUUCCUAUGUUCCCUUAACCCUGCAGCUAAUCAGCUGUCAUUUAAUUACUUAAACACUGUCGUGUUCCUAUGCCUAUGUGUUCCUACGCCUCAGCCUAUCUCACAGGUUUUCUAUGAUGGCAGUGAUACACACACACACACACACACACACACACAGUCCAUUUAUGUUGCCCCUGGAUACCAAAAGAGAUUUUCUGGAAAAUAAAGUCAGAGAAGGAUCUCAGAAGUCGAUGGGCUUUAGGUACUCUCAAUCCCUGGCAUCUCCAGGUAGGCAUAGGCCUGUGUCUGAAAUUCUGGAGAUAUGCUAGAUGAACUAAUAGUAUGUAUAAGGCAGCUUCCAAUUUUCCUGUGUUCCCAAAGUGUCCUCUUAGAGAUGCAGCUAAGAACUACCGGUAUAAAGGAUCUCAUUAAGAUUUAGUUUUUCUAAUUCAUAUAAACAUACUAUUCUUCCCCUCCCUCCUCCAAAAAACACGCACAUCUACUCUAAUAGAAGCUCAUAUUUUCAGGAACUGAAAAAUUUUCAUCCAGUAAUUAGACAUUGCAUUUUGCCUUAUUUCAGACAAAUGCUACAUUCUUCAGCCCGCCCCAAUUUGAGGGACUAAGUACACCCUCUUCUUGACUCAUAGGGUCUUUUGCCUAUUGCAUGAUUUAAUCAGAAUUUUCCAAAGUACCCAGGUGCAAUUUAAUGAUGCUUGUUGAGAAGUCUGCUAUCUUGUUGGAAGUCUAAUUUGUUAGUUCAUGAGUACUUAGACAACAAAAAUACCAAUGUUUUUUUGGGGGUUUUUUUUUUGUCAAUUUAAAAGAUGAUAACUUAAUGUCGCUCUACAUUGGUGACAUCUCAAUCCUUUCUGACUGUACAUUUUAGUCUAGCCAGGAUUUUGAUAGUCUAUGAAUUCUGAAUUCUGUAGUAAUACUUUUCAGUUAAUAUGGACUUAUUACCCACUUGCCACUUAGUUUAUCAGUUGGUGGUUAAAUCCGGUUCUAUCUGUGAAGUAAAUGCCUACACAUUAUCACUGUGCAGCAGGCUGCCAACAGAGACAGUCUUGUCCUAGUCAUUAACAAGCACAAUGUAUGCAGAACACCAGAGGGGAAUUAAAACCACAAAAAAUACCUCAGGGUGGUAUUUUUAAUAUGAGAAUUUAAUUUGUAAUUUCACAGAUUAAGAAUUUUGGCAGCAUUAAUCCUUUUAUCAGCUCACAGCAGGUUAUUUGCAGAAGCAUAACCAUAAGGCGAUAUUCAUUGGCAGAAACACGUCUUUGCAUAACGUUAAACAUCAGGAGCAGUGAAACCUUUUGAAGGAGGAGAAUAAAGAUGAAAAAUCAUUAUAUUUUAAGGCAAGGUUUUGCUAAAUGCCUCCAGUAAAAUUUUUGAGUUACAGAAACACUAUUUCUGUGUCUAGCAGAUAAUCAUUAUGGAGCAUAAAUAAAGAUGCAAGAAGGGACAAUCCCUGUAUCAAAUACUAUAAUUGUUUUCAUUUGGUAUGCAUGGAUAGAAAUUGCCAUCAUAUUUUUAAAAAAACAAUGGAAGUUGUAUAUUUUGGCAAAAAAAGGGUUACACUGUGAAUUGAUGGAAUUUUGGUGGCUAGAGCCUAGGUGAUUUUGGUAACUAGGAGUGAUGCUUUCUCUAUGCACCUGAAAAUAUUUCCCACUUAAAUGUUACAUUAAUUUUAAUUGUGGGCACAGUAUAUCCAGUAUAAUACUAGUAAGGAACCACAAACAUUUUUCAAUGUUAAAGGUAAUGAUGAUGACCUUUCAUCGUGGAAUUCAUCUGCACAUACACUCAGUUCCUUCUAACCCAGAGACCUUGUGAAGAACUCGGCAAGUGGGCAAUCCUUUUUUAUAGUUAGAGAUAUCCAAUAUGUAAAUCCUGUAAUGAAUUUGCAAACACAUUUUAGAACUGAUUAUUUAAUGUGAACUAAGCCCAUAGUCACUGGAGCCAGUGUAAACAUUAUGGCAUUUACAACCACAUUGCUAAAAAGAAUCCCAUCCUUGUGGUGACACUCCAUAAAUCAGCUGUAAUGUUUACUGUGGCCACUCUUAUUAAUUUAAUCCAUGGCCUGAGGGCUGGAUUUUAAUGUCCAAGUUCCAUGUUCCAAAGGUGGAAGUGGGUGGGGCCAGAGACUGAAGUGGGCAGAGCCAAAGAGAAAACCAAACAAUAAAUAAAACGGGUCAAUGCAGGCCCAUGCAAGCAGACAGAGAGCCCCACCCCAGUACUGAGUUGAGUGGAAAUGCUGACUUUUGCUCCUAAGAUCAGGCAGCAUUUAUCUUCUCUGCAAUCUUAAGGCUGUGGCACCUCAGCAUGAAGAUUGUAUAUGUGCCUGUUGCCUUUUGCUAUCAAAGGUGGUUCCACCUUAUUAAGAACCCUGCCAUUUGGGGCUUAGAUUUUUUUAUUUUUAGAAAGAGAUUAAAAAUGAAGAAACAAAUAACACGGUUAGGUCCUACUCCAAGAGAAUCUAAGUCAGGCAAGCACUGUUAGUAGGUCCUGAAUGGCAGCAGCCAAUAAAACAGAAAUAGUAUAUUCUCUCUUAUUAUUGGCAGUGUAAUCAGGAGCUGGUUGCAUAAGGUGUCCUGAAUUCUCCUCUUCUGCCUUUUCCUUAUGCCACACAGGUCUUUAAGUAGCUCCUGAAAAGCAGGGGGAGGGGCUGUCCCAACAGUUCUUUCAAGCCAUUAGUAAGUGUCUUUAGGGGCUGAUUGCAGGAACUCCCUGGCCUGGGAUGAAAGAAUAGCACGGGAACUUGUCUUGUUUUCAUAAGAAUGUUGCAUCACAAUUUUCCAUUAAAAAAUAAGUUGCUGGCUUUUUCUUGCUUGCUUUUAGGUUUGUGGGGGGAGUGAAUAUCUUAGUGCCUUGAAACUUUAAAAACUUUAAAAGUUAAAUGCCUGAAUUCUAUCUUUCCCCUGCAGUGUCUUCAAUUUUUUCCGUACCUAAUGUAAGAUUACAAGCAGAGGGUGGAGAAAGCAUGAAAGUCUUUGGAAAAAACAAUAUUUAUGGCAAAGGUCUAUCAAACAUGAAGCACUGAGGAACAUGUUGAUUUCCCACAAAUAAUUCAGGUAAGAGAAGCUUGUCAAAAAGUGGUUGUUGUUUUUAAGUAAAACUUUCUCUCUCCCCCCACCACUACCUUGUACAGUAUGAAACCCCCUUUUUAAAUGGAAUAAUUUAUUCAUCUAACUGUGGACUUUGUAUGGCAAAUCUGUUUCGUGGAAAAAAUAUGAUAGAACACCCUGUGGCAUUUUGAGGUCCCACAGCUAGCUCUAAGCAUGAUUAGAUUUAUCCUCCCUCCCCAUCCAUGUUAGCGCACCUCACACAUGGGAAAAGAGAGUUCCAUGCUUUCCCGUUACAGUGAUCCUUAUGACAAAAUAGAUCAACAGCGAUUGCACAGUGUUUUUACAUAGUAAAACAGCGGUAGCAGGAGAGGCAGCACCCAUAGGUUCUUAUGAUGGUAGGCUGCUGAUAGCAUAAGGAGAUAUAAUGUUGUGUGGGGAAAGCAUAUAAAGGCAAUGUGAGGUUUAUAGGAGCAGAGGACAUAGUAUGAAAUGUUAAGGUUGGUUAAGGACUUGGUGUAACGGAAUGGGCUAGGUCUCCAAUAAAAAUUAGUUUGAGGGGUCCUGAAGUAGGCCCAUAAGAAAACUUGCAAACAGGAAACUGUCUAGAGGCUUAAUGAAAAUAUGAUCAUUAAAUACAGAAAUCUUUGCUUGUUAUGAGUUAAAAUAUGAGAGAGAGCACGUGGGUUUGCUUGGCAAGACUUGAGUGAGAAGUGUUGGGAUAAUUGCUUGCAAUUGUGGAGGCUGAACAUUGCAAUCUUUCACCUUGACAAAAGAAGUUGAUGUUGGGACACCGGCUUGUUUUGGUGCUAUUGCAUUCUAUCAAAGAUAGUUGUUCCUCAUUACAUAGUAUCUAAACAUCUGCUGCCAGGAUACGCUUCAAUUUCAGGGAUAUUGCAUCCAGCACAAAAAAACCAGAGUAUGUAUUCUCCAGCCAGCUGAUCCAUUGCAGUUUCAAAGUGCUAUGUGGAAUGUGCCUGAAUGUCAAUUAUUGCAAUAAGACGCCUGGAAUAAGGAUUUGGGGUACUCAGUUCUCAGAUACUCAUUUUACAUCUUCAGUUGUUGAAGAAUUAAGGAUGCCCUAAAACGUACCCAUGUUUCUCUAACCCAGUGUAUCUAACAGCUCUUUAAACUCCUUGUGUUAUGUGAAUUCAAUCCUUUUUUUGGUUGUUAUUAGAUGAGUACUGUUGGUAUUCCUUCUCAAAGGUACCCAAAGUUGUCAUGUUGCCACUUCCUUUUGACAAUUGUCAUUGUUCAUAAGGGGAACGAGUUGUUGGUUUGUUCUUGUUUUUGUUGUGUAUUUGGGUUUUCAUUUUGUAUUACUGUGUUGUAAGCCACACCCCUGUAGAUCACCCCUGUGAUCAUAGGAUAAGGGUGAUAUACAAAUUUAAUAAUAAUAUUAAUAAUAAUAAUAAUACCACCUCAACAUUUUGGAACAAGCAUUCCUGCUAUCGUAUCUUUUCUUACAAAAAAAGAGACUUUUGUAAACUGUUUCAUACUGAUAACACAGAAUAACCUAGUUAAGUACAUCUAAUUGAAAGAGUACUUAAUUCUGCUAUACUCAGUUAAAAAGAAACAAUUAAUUGCAUCAUAAUUGCAACAAUUUCUAUUGGAUAUACUUAUUUAUGAAAGUAUAAAUAAAUCUUGCCAGCUAGUUGCAGCUCCAUGAACUGUAUCUGAAACUGAUACCAGCACUGGGUUGUUUUCAAAGUGGUGGUGAUGUAAAAGCAGUCUACAAAAUAAUGACAAUAGCUUUCUGGAGGAAUAUCAGCUAGUGUAAACUGCCCCAAUUAUGUCACAUGUUUCUCUACAGCGAAAGGUUUAAGAUUCUACAGUAUCAGAAAUCAGGCUGCCUGGCUUGUUUACAAGUUUGUUGCCUAGUUAAUUUUUACUUUUCCUCCAAGUGGCAUCCGUAUAGACAUUUCUUCAACUUUACCUGUUCUAAUAUGAAACAUCAACCCUUGCAAGUACAUUUUAAAUGUGGAUGUUUGAAAGGUUUGCAAAUACAAUACAAAAUGGUCAGAAUGAAUAUAGGGUUUUGAUGACCAAAACACCUAUUUUUCUGUGAUAAAGCACAUUUGGAACCUGGUGUCACUAAAUUACUUAUAUUUUCAAAAUAAAAAAUCCAUACAGCAACUACUGCACCCAGAUGGAAUAAACUGUUGCUGAUGGAGCUCCACACUUGAGUAUGAAACCCAACAGAUUUCCAAACAUCAAGUCAUGGUUUUUUUAAGUUGCCUAAUUUGAGGUGGAGGGAAUUUGAUCUUAGGAACAAAGGCAAUGACAAAGGAAAGCUGUUGCCAAAUAUAUGUCUAUGUGAUUUUUCACAUAUGACAGCAUGCAUGUUUUGUACCUGUUUUUCCCACAUCCCAUAGCGGGGUAGUGUUGUGUUUGAACAGGAAGCACCCUUAAUUUCUACAGAUGACAAGAUUAUCUCCUGGUAGCAGCAGCAUGAAUCCCUAAAUAACCUUUACUUUACUUUCUGGGUCAUUAAAAUGACAUCCUCAAUGAGUAUACCUAAUAAAGGACAGGUUAGUAACUAUUAAAAGGAGCAACUGCAUGCAUCUUAAAAACAAUGGAUAAAGUAAACACAAAGGGAAUCUUGUCACUUUGUAGACUAAUUGAUUUAUUGUGAUGUAAGCUUUUAUGGAUUAGAGCCAAAAGCAUGAAAGUUUAUUUUUAGUUGGCAGAUAAAUAUAUAUCCACAGACAUAGAGAAAAUAAUAAUAAAGAGUAGGACUAACAGAAAAGCAAGCAAACAAAUAAAAUAAAAUAAAAUAAAAUAGAGUGGGACUAAAAGAUAAUCCUGCAAUCUUUGAUCUCCUAUCUUCCAUAGCUAUGUUAGAAACCUAGGUUAAAACUGUCAGAUACAAGCCAAAGAUUGUACAGCACCCUUUAUAUGAAAACUCUAUAUAAAUUAGUGUUUAAUUUGUAAAUAGAGGGGGGGUGAGGGGGCUUAAGCCCAUUGGAAAGCUAGACUCCUGAACCUGAAAUCCUAGAUGUAUAUAGGCAGGCAGCAAUUACUCAGAUGUGAGAAAAAGUCACUCUUUGAAACAUGUUCAGAGGGACUCUGCUCAACCCAAGAGCUGGAGCUUUCUCCUAGCAGAAUUCCACUCAAGUGAUGUACUGUUGCAGGCAUAUUUUUGCCACUCCACACUUUCCCCCCUGCAACCCCCAGUGCCAUUUCCCACACUGUUCCAGAGGGUUGGUGGAGGUUGUAUGGAGAGGGAAAAUCAACAAAGUCACCUCACACAACAGUGGGAACCUCCACCGAAUCAAAAGUCUUUGACCCUGGAUCCAACCCACUAAUUAUUAAGUCACAGAUUCCACGGUUUCUAUUAUUACUUCAUGAAUAAUUAUUUUUAUAUAGUAUAGCCGUAUUAUGAGCUCAUUAUAGAAACUGCAUUUCUGAGCAAAGCUGUGUCUUUCAGCUUCACUGUGGAGCAUAGCUGUAAACUUACAGAUUUGAAAAUAAGGGAUCAGCAGCCUUGAAAAUAAGGGACCAGCAGCCAAAAUAAGGGACCUGCAGCCUCACCUAUUCCAGGCACUCCAGUCUUCCUGUCCUCCUGCAGUCUGGUCAAACUCAUGUUGGUAGCUUCGAGAACACUGUCCAACCAACUUUGUAACCAGAGGUUCAACUGAAUAGAAUCUGAAUCAAAUGCACCACAAGGCCUAUGCAGCCUCAACUUAAGAUGGCUCCCUGGCCUGGCUUUGCACUGCAAAGUUUGCAGCAGCACGUGCAACAAAAUGGCGUCCAGCAUUCAAAAACCCCCUCAGCUUGCAUUAACUAGCCACACACAAGGCAUGCAAGCUCCACCCCCCAGUCGUUCUUAGACUUCUUAUUGGGUGAGCAACACAGCCAAGCAUCACAGUUGGAGCCUCCCUCCUCCCUGGCCGGCAGGGAGGGAGGGAGAGGAGCUGCUUCCUUUGAAAUUUAAGGGACAUCAUUUAAGGGACAUCUAUCAAUAAGGGACAGCAGUGGGACAUGGCGCUGGAAUAAGGGACUGUCCCUUCAAAUAAGGGACACUUGACAGCUAUGUUGUGGAGUUGUGUCUUUUACUUCUCCCACAGGCACUCAAUGCAAUUUUGAAUGCAAUUUCUAGAUUACAUUCAAGCAAUCUAGAAAUUUACUUUCAGAAUUCUGCCAUUCUUCCUCACAAAGUGACAUAAGUGUGGGCAGAGAGAUUUUGUGGUUCUGCAAAUAAGCUCUGUUUUCUAUUAUUGCUUACAUUUAGUGAGCAGUAUGAUUAUCACUAUGAUAGCAAAAGCACUAAAGAAGUAGCAUGGUGAUAUCCAAACACUGGGAAUGUCCUGUUAAAAGAAUUUUCUUAACUGACCACUUUGCAUAUGUGAUUAAUUGUGUUUUCACAAGCUGAAUUCUCCCCCCACCCCACCCCCAUUCCCUCAGUAGCAUUUACUAGCAUGCCUGUUCACCUCUGGCUUUUGCAAACUGUGUAAGGCACUCUUCCCAGCAGUCUUGUGUAGCUACAUUAUUUUUGCAGGGUUUCCUUUAGUCAAGCUGUGGGGGUGCCAUAGUCCAGCAGUGUCUGUGUCAGAGAGUAUUGAGAAGUCAUUCUAAUUCCUCACCUCCUUGUUUCUUUCUAACCUCUGUGCCUCAUCACCGCUGAAUCGCCAGGAACAGCUUAAACAUUGUGUAAUUUGUUCUCAAUUUGACCAACACUGGGUCAUAGCACUUCAAUCAUUAUAGUGAAGUCAGCUGCAUGAACACGUUUUAUUAGACUGACCCUUGGUACCAGUGACCUGCACUUCUAUACUGUAUUUUUAAUAUAAUUAAACAUUGUAGUCAGGCUAUAGCAUUUUCUCUUCUUCAGGUUCCCAAGGUUAGUGUAAAAGUAAGCAUUUAGACAUAGGGGGAAAUAGCAAUUAUAUACUGCAAAAUGUAGUGUGUGUGUGUGUGUGUGUGUGUGUGUGUGUAAAUUAGAGUGAGGCAAACACCGCUGUAUGUGUGUGCAUGUAUACACACACACACACACACACACACACACUGUAAUUAAGAAGAACAUGUAUUGAACAUGUAUUGUACCAAUCCUAAUUUCUCAUGCAUCUUCUUUCCAAAUAAUGUCUACUCAUGAAUGUUUAAUUAUUUCACUAAUACUGCAUCUGCAUUAAUUGGAGCUAGUGAAAAGGCUUAUGUGAUAUAGUUGUGGUGGGCAGCUGAAAGCAAUCUGAGUCUUAGAAUCCAAUGACAGCAAUGUUAAAUGUAGCUGAAAUUGUUGCAUUCAUUUUGUAAAAUGUUAAAUUAGAGAGGCGGGCAUAAAGCGGACUGUGAGAUCCUAGAUUAUUUUGGCUGCUAUUAGCAUUUUUAGAGCCCUAAUUUCAAACUGUCAGCAACAUAAUGCUUUCAGGGAUGUUUUACUACUGUCUUUUUUGUUAGCAUCAAAGGCAUUAAAUUGGUAGAAAAUACCCUAAUUACUAUGCAUAUCAAAUACAGCAAUACCCUCAUCUUGAAUUGCAAGAUUUAUAUUAGUUGCUGUGGUUAAAUGUAAUGGAAGCAAGAGGUGAAAUUUCACUUUGUGUCAACCCACACAGAUGUGAUACCCUUAUUGGGACCAAUAUCCUUAUGUCACAUGAAAUUUAUGCACAGUUUGCAGACCAUUGCAAGGGUUUCUGCUGGCAUAACCCUAUGCCUUGGAAUAAAUUGGUGCAAUUGAUUGGGGAGUGCUUUUUUAACACCUUCACUCCCAUAGCCCUUACCUACAUGGUAUUUUAGUCCCAACUGACUAUUGCAUAUAGUUCAAUGUUCAAGCAUAGCCCCAGGUUCAACCUCUAGUAUCAUCAGUUAUAGAAUUGUUCUGGUACUGGAGUUAGCAAAGACUUCAGCCUGAUACCUUAGAGAAUUAUUGUCAGAGAAAAUAGUACUGAGUGUUUAAAUACGGAAUGCACGUGUUUGCACAUGAGAAAUUCAUUCUCAAGCCUAUAUGCUAUGAAGGUUAGUAAAAGGACCCCUGGAUGAUUAAGUCCCGUUAAAGGCGACUAUGAGGUUGUGUCGCUCUUCUCGCUUCAGGCUGAGGGAACAGGCAUUUGUCCGCAGACAGCUUUCUAGGUCAUGUGGCCAGCAUGACUAAACUGCUUCUGACACAACAGGACACCAUGACGAGUGCUAGAGUGCACAGAAACGCUGUUUUACCUUCCCUCCUCGGCGGUACCAGUUUAUCUACUUGUGCUGGUAUGCUUUCAAACUGCUAGGUUGGCAGAAGCAGGGACAGAGCAAUGGGAGUUCACCCUUUUGCAGGCGUUCAUACUGCCGACCUGAUUGGCAAGCCCAAGAGGCUCAGUGGUUUUAGACCACAGUGCCACCCGCUUCCAUGAAGGUUAGUGGGUUGCUUGGGCAAGUCACUCUCUGGUCCAAACUGCAUAUGACCUUAACUGUACUAUUGCCCUUGAGUGGGAGGAUUCUUUUCCACAGAUUGGCAGCACAGAGAUACAAAUGCAGAUCAGAAUUCUAGCAUGGGGGUUAAGGGGCUUUAUCUCUUUGCCCUUCAUUGUGGUUCUGAUCCAGAUGCAUCUCCCGGCUCCUGCAAUUUGCAUUGGAAAAAAAGAGGUCACAUUCAUUUCUGUGGGAACAUUUUUUCCAAAGCAACUUACAAGUAUGGGCCCUCUGAUCCAGGUCAGGAAUGCAGUAGGGGGCAAAGUGUUAAAGCACCCCUGUUCCCAACACUGGGGACAUCAUCAUCAUCAUCACCAUCAUUAGAAUUUAUAUACCCGGAGGUCUUGGGGUUGUUCACAGAAGAAAAUCACAUUUUACAAGGGCAUAGGAUGUCAAUCAAGGUUAUAAAGGAACGUUUCUGCCUGGCAUCUAAAGGUGGAUAAUGAAGGCGCCAUGCAUACUUUGCUGGGGAGAGCAUUCCACAGAUGGGGAGCCAUUACAGGGAAGGCCCGUUCUCGUGUUUCCACCCUCUGGACCUCUUGAGGAGGAGGCACACAAAGAAGGGCCUCAGAGGAUGAUCUCGGGGUCCAGGGAGGUUCACAUGGAAAGAGGAGAUCCUUGAGUUAUGCGGCCCUGAGACGUUUAAGGCUUUAUAGGUCAGAACCAGCACAACAGAACUGGAACUGGCUGAGGGUUGUUGCCCUCUGAACUCCCAUUGAGGUAUGGGCUACUGCUAAGAGAACAAAGUAGUGAGGACGUCAGAAAUUACCCAGCAGCCAGUCUUGCAAGGGCCUUUACGCCAAGUGCUUGAAAAGUAGGAACAAGUAAACAGUUCUUUUGUCACUCCUAUUGUAAAUUCAUGAGUCACAAUCUUAAAGAAGAUCCAAGAGAGCUGGGAGCAGGCCAAAAACAUGUCUCUUGGUAGAGAAAAGCUAGAUGUCAAAGAGGCUUUCCCUUCAAAAAUUGACAAGCUUUUUGACAUCCUCAAUUGCAAGUGUAUAUUUUUUUCCUCUGCCCUGAAUUUGGCUGUCCUGCAGAUGCUGGUUGCAAAAAGGAAGUUCACAUUAACUGUACGUGCCCUAAGGAGAUGAAGAUCCCUAUGAAGCAACUUGCUUUAUUAAAGGACAGAGGAGAGAAGACUGGUUCUGUUGGACCACAUCAGAUUGGCUUGCUCAAUCUGCCAGAGCAUAACAGACAAAUCAAAAAGUGGAAGCGGCAAAAAGACUAAAGAAGGCUUGAGGAAUAUAAGCAGGGAAGUAAGCAGGAGGCUUCAAUACCAUCAAAUGAAAUUAUUUUCACUGCUGAUGAAAAUGAAGAACAAAUAGCUAAUGGCCUUGAUGGAAAUGAUGAAUUUACAUUAUAAAAACCAAGUAUGCAUUCCACUUCCAAUGAAAAGACAGAAUACAACACAUUAGAAAUACAUAAUGUUGCUAUGCCGAGCAUCAGAUGUGGUGUUGGCCUGUGUGCUGGCUUGAUCACUGAAGAAGAGACUUGUAGUUGAUCACAAUGUUCUGAAGGCAGCCCUGUUCAGGGAAGUUUUUAAUAUUUAAUGCUGUACUGUUUUUAACACUUGAUUGGGAGCCGCCCAGAGUGGCAGUGGCUGGGGAAACUCCGCCAGAUGGGCGGGAUAUAAAUAAAUUGUUGUUGUUGUUGUUAUUUAUUAUUAAAAUCAAGAGGGCUCAAGAAAAAGUUAUGAAAUCCCUGGAUUGGGUAUUUGAUUAUCUUUGUCAGAAGAGUGAAAUUGACUGCAUCUUCUUUUACAGUUGCGAAGAUAUAACUAAAGUUAUGCUGAAAGCAGACGAUUCAGAUCAGUAGAUCCCCAGCAUCAUCACAGAACAGCAUUUUGUGUGCAGUGAGCCAGGUAGAAUAAAUCUCUACCACUUCCAUCUAGAGAGGCUCAAAGAGAGAAAAACUAGCUGAAGUUACUGCUAAUAAUCUUGUAGAUUCCAUAAAGAAGAAGGGCAUUCAUAAGAGGCUGCAGGCCAUUAGAGGUGAUUCUACAAAUGUUAACACUGGCUGGGAGGAUAGUACCAUGCAUUGGGUAGAGGUCAAGCUUCAUUAUAAGCUGAUCUUGUUAGUUGUGCCCUCCACACCAAUGAGUUACCCCUGUAACACUUGAUCACAGUACUCAGUAGGAGUGGACAGCAACUGGACAGGUAACAUUGGCAAGAUUCUAGACACUGCUACAGAACUUGACAUUGAUCCUUCAUUCACCAAACACUCAGUUGGAGAACCUCUUACUCCACUGAGUGACAGUGUCAUAAAGGAUUUGCCUGCUGAUCAGGCAUACAGGUAUCAAGUCACACAGGCCAUAAGGACAAGAAAGCUUCUCAUGGAUCUGGCCUGUCUUGAAAUUGGUCCCGUGAGCCAUUCAAGGUGGGUAACAACUGUUUGUCACAGAUGGGUUUCAAGACAUGAUGCUAAAGGCAAAACCCUCAACAGCUUAAGAACAAUAGUGGAAUACAUCAUUUGCGUGUACUAUCUCUGCUUGUUCAAUAUCAGAGUAAAGCACUUGGGGGUGAAAGGCCCAUAGAACUUUUCAGCUGCAAAAGAAGGCUGUAUUGGAUGCUGUUUUGCCACCCAGUGCUCACCAUGGUAUGCAUUUAGCAAAAUGAUAAUCCAGACACUCAUGUGCUCAGAUGACAGUGAGGAGAGGAAAGCUGGUUCCAAAAGAUUGUUGACUUGAAGAACAGAGAUGAUGACACACUGGGAGACCUUUCUGUACAUCCAAGGAAGACACCUUCCAUCAACCUCAGUGCUUUGUCCCUGUUGGAGCUGAUAGUCUGGUCUGAUGGAGUAUAUGAACCUCCUUUGCCAUGUAAACUUAUUACAGCAGAAGUAAAGUAGUUCAUUGAUGAGCUCGUGCAAGUUCCACAGUGGCCCUGUUAUUCUCAUUCUAUAGAGGUGUAGGUGAAACAAGUCACAAAGGCAGCAGGAAGGGUGCAUACACACAAAACAUGUGAGGGCUACAUCAGAGGCCAAGAAGCAAGUAGGUGGCUGAUGUCCGAGAAUGAAUAAAAGCAAGAUUUGAUGAAACUUGUUUAAAUUUAUUAUUAGCUGAUGUCAUUACUUUCUGAUGUUGUUUUAUGAUUACAAGGUAAUGUUGUGACAAACUAAGAUUAGUAUAGCAUUACCUGACAUUUUCAGAAGGUGAAAUAAAAACCAGAGAGCAGUUUAUGUGCUUUUUAAUCAAAUGUCGAUUUACGAAACUAAAUGUUGUCCAAGCGCAAGACCCCUCAUUGAAGAAAUUUGCAAAAAUUAAGUUUCACGCCCUAAAAUGACACACCCUACUGCUCCAGGCAACAGGAGGUGAGGGGUCGUUGACAAUAGAAGGGAAGGACUUUUGGUGACAGGAAUUCAAAUGAGAUUUUCCUUAUGUUUGCUUUAUGAAAUAUGCAGUUAAGAUUUGCUAAUCUAACCAUGUGGAGCUGACUAAAAGCAAAAUAUCCUCAAUUUUGUGGAUGAUUGUUUUAACGGAUAAUACUUUGAUUUAAAUAUAUAUCUUAAUACAGGCUACUAGAUUCUGAUAGUGUUAAGAUUCUUAUCAGGCACAAUUUGUGGAGUUUUUUUGUUUCAUGUAUGCUCCUGAAUUUGUGUUGCAGAAGAUAGAACUUUCCUUGCUCUGUGCUCACUGUAUGAUUAGGAUAAGCAGCAGAUUUCCACUGAACAAUCAUUUUGGUCUGCCAGUGGUCUGCCUGGACAUAAAAGGCUGUUUGAGUUGAAGUGGGCUGAUGGUUUGGAAUGACAUUUGAAUACAUGGAGGACAAUGUCUUAAUGACAAUGACUAAAAGGAGAAGCAAAAGAAAUUCUAAACCAUCCCAUUUAUCCCAUAGACCGUUACCUCUUUUUUAGGAUUAUUGUGUCACGUGACCCAUUGGCUAGGCUUUGUCUAGGGCAGGCGAAAGAGGUGGGACCACUGAAGGGGAGAAACUGAGGUUUCCAGACAAAGCUUUAGUUGUGGCACAUGGCCUGUAACCUACAGAGACAGCAAAACCAACGAAAGGCAUUGUCUCGAAGGCAUAAUCUACAGCAUUUGAAAAUUCAGAAAUCAUUUUUACUUUUUGUGGAAUUUUGAAAUAAAAUACAUUGUUAAUUAUAAGUCCUCUAAAACUAUAUGCAUGGAUUGUUUCUAUGAACAAGAGCUUCUAAAAGAAUUACAGCUAAAAUAUUGAUACUGAGUGUAAAGAGACUGAAGCAGUCCGAGAAACAAAGAAAGCUAAAUACCCUAAAGACUGACUCAGUUCAGCUGUCCAAUACCAACACCCACUGAGGUUAAUGGGGAAUUAAACAUUCCCAGUUUCAGAGGGAAUCCUGCCUAUUAGUGCAGAGAUUUUUAAGCAUGAUUUUGAUCAAAUUGUAUGACUUUGUUGUACCAGUCUAUAAUAGGCUCCUUCUAUCUUCAUAUAGAAAUAGAAUAGUGUUAAUGGUCUAAUGAAGGGUAGUAGAGAGGGAGAGAUUUGAAAUUCAGAAUCAUUAAUUAAAACAUAUUUGAACAACAAAAUGUGUUUAUGCAUUCUUCAUCUUCAGUAUCUAGUGAUCCUGAAACAGGCAUUUGCAAAGUUUGAACAAAAUUUGAGAUAUGUACAGAGCUUUUAAGUAAACACAGGCAUAUCACUGGAUAACCAUUGUUGUUAAAAAACAGUUUUGCCUAUAUUAAAGCUUUCUAAACCAAAAAUACGUAAGACACAAUUAAUGUACAAAUUCUGUGCAAAAACAUAUUUCUGGUUGAAUACAGUGUUACAGGGUAAAAAUGAUGUUCUUAGGAUAUACUUACAGCCCUACUGCCACCAAAUCCACAUAAUCAAUUUUAGCUGCAAACAUUCAUUUUAACAAGCUUAUAGCUCUUAAUUAAUUUUGAAAGAAUUCUAUUUGAUAAAGUAGCCUUGUGAGAAUUACAUAUUGAUGGUGGCAGAGGAAAGAAAUUAUUUUCAUAGCUAUAUGGUGAAAUUUACUUGUCUAGGUUUUAAAAAACAAAGCUCAGAGGUGCUGCUCUUGACAUGAUCUCAAGAUGGAGAGAAAUCAGUAAUUACAGGGCCAGGCAUUCAGUUCUAUCCUAAUUUUCCCACCAGUUUUUCAAUGUUUCUGCUGCCUCUGAGACUUAAAAUAUUCUCAUUAGGUAGCUGCAGAGGCAGCUUGCUUGCCUACUCCCUCAUUCUCUCGCUGGCUUUUCCUUUCUUUCUGUUUCUUUCUUUUUUUCCUCCUGCCUUGGGAGUGACUGUGAAGAUCAUUUGCUGGAAUGAUUGGCAGGUUAGAGGAUUCAAUGAGAUGAGUUCCUCUUAGCGCAGGUCAAAAAGGCUAGUUAGCAGGAGCUGCUGAAAAAUGCCAGCAGCAUUCGAAAUGGGAAAUGUCAUGACUUCGAGGCAGGGGGUGCCACCUGGAACAGAGAGCCCCCAGCUCAUUAGCAAGUUACAGGAUGCACGCUUAACUGGAGGGAGCAGAGGAGGAAAGAUAAUGCCCAAUAGGGAGAAUUAUUGUGAAGUGGAAUUGAUUUCAUGUAUAAUUUGUUUAUCACUAGAGGGGACAAAUGCUGCCCAUCUGACAUGUGCGGAGGAGUGUGGACUGUGAAUGAAGCAACUUAGCAUAAUCUCUAGGUUGAGCUCUGGAUUUAAAGAAUGCAAACUUCUUUCUUCCUAACUGUGCAAAUGAUCAGGUCAUGUUGUAUUAAUUAAACCUGACAUACUCUCAAAUGGUUUAUCUCUGCAAUUGUAGCAAUUCAGCAGAAGCUUGUAUAUAUGAGUUGCAUUCAUUAUAAAGCAGGGCAGGAUUUCUGGAUGUGAUUUUCUCUCUACACACACCCCAUUUAGCUUCUGCUGGAAGGCGAAAAAACCCCGUCUCCAACACAGACUGAAUUAUAAAGCAGCUCAUGUUUAUUUUCAGUGGGUAGGCAGACUGCAUGAGAUCAGAACACCAUUCCUAGUUUACAAUGCAAUGUUAUUUGAAUGACUUCAAACUACCAUUUCCCCCCCAAAUUUAGGGUUUGGAACAGACAAUUCAAUUUAACCUUCCCCCAUCUUGUAAUACAAGCAGCUCAUAAGUUAUUCUUACUCAUGCACAAGCACAGUGGUCUCUAAGAUUUUCUGAGAAUAUUUUAUCUUGCAAAGAACCUUCUGGGGGCCACAUAGCAAUGUUGAACAUGGCCAUAGGCAGACCAAUAGACGUGAUUCUUACCAUUGUACAGUAGACACCAUUCAACCAUGCAAAAUUAUAGGUUUAUACGGACACAUCUCUCCAUUCAGGCAAGCAAAAGAUGACAUCACACUUCAAGCACACAUUCUAGUCAGGCAAAACACUCAAGGAGGGGAUAGAGCAGGUCUGGGGAGGAGGUGGAGUGUGCCUCAGGUGUGUCCCUGGGGCCAAAUAGAGAGCACUUGGACUAGACCUCAGGUUCCCUAUUGAGUUAAGCCUACUUUAGUUGAACUCUAAAAUAAAUUCUACUUAUUCCCUGAUAGGUACAUAAGAUAAUUGGUGUGGGGAAAAAUAUUUGUGCAUAAUAUUGAAUAGCAGGAAGAUAAUAUAUAGUACAUGCAAUGUAGGUUUCAGGCCCUCUUAUUCCAGACAACACAGUAUUGUCACUGACUAAAAUAGGAUUAGGAUUGGGUGAAUUUUAUAAACUAUAACUAAGGUUUAUAUACAACAUGGGAGACAAGCAAACUUGCAAGUUGGCUUAUCACUUGAGCUGACUAAAAGUGAAGUAUUCUGAUGAAUACUGCCACAGAGAAGGAGUCAUGGUUUGGCCUCCAUCCCUGGUCACCCUUUCCUGCGCUCUGUUCCUCAACCCCAGCACAGUGAAAUUGCUGAUAGAGCAGAUUGGAGUGGGGACUGAUUCAUGUAGUCUACCCCCUCAAUUCUAACAAAACAGAUGGUCUGUGAGAGAUGAGUACUACCUCCAUUUUAGGCACAUAUGAAGUUUAUACGACUUAGAUCAAUACUUAGUCCAGUAUUUAUACUCAGACUGGCAGAAGCUUUCUGGAGUCUAAGGGAGAGGAAAGUCUUUCUCAGCCUUGCUGUCCAAAUUGCUUUUAACUGGAGGUUGAAUUGGACCUGGGACUUCCUGCAUGAAAACAUAUGCUGUACCAGUGAGCUGUAUCACCUUGCAGAAUUUCUGAUCUAGAACUUUCUUAAUAGCAACCUUGUACAUAUUAAGCGCAGUCCUGGAUGCCAUAGGUAGAAACAAAUUGAACACAGAUAAGUAGUUUGAUUUGGUGAGCUGAAUUGCAGAGGAGGAUGAGAGUAUUCCAUGUCUACUCAGUAGCCGGCGUAGAGAACAAGUGGCAGUCCCCAGCAGACUAGCAAAAAAAUUGCAGGCUAUUAACUUAUGUGGACUUAUUUACAAGACUGCUUUAUAGGGCAUUAACAACUGUGAGUGAGAACUUGGCAGCAAAUUAAUUUAUGUUGGUUCAGGACUUCAUUAGUGUUUGGAGACACUGAUCAAUAGACACAGCUUUCUCUUGAGCAUACUGUGGUGUUUGACAAUAAGUGAUGCCAAAUGUAGGAAGAUGCAAAAGAAAAUGACACCACACACUACAGAGAACAGCAGAGUUCAUUUUACCUCUUAAGGUAAUUUGAUUUCUACAGACAUAUUUCCCUUAUGGUGCCACGCUGCUAUAGUCAGCAUGUAGCUGCAAGUAAAGAUGACAUGGUAUAGAUAUAAUAUGUUGCUGACAUCCGUCUGCCUCGGGAAACAAUGAAGGAGUGCGCCUUUGGGGGUGAAGUUAAACUGUCAGAAGGUUGUAGCACCUGCUGUGGCUGUAGAGACCAAUAUGUGAGAGACGUGCUUUGUUGCAGCUGGGGCAGAUGAAGGCAUCCAGUUGUGCUGCUGCAGAUGCACCUUGGUGUUUCUUCUCUCUGGAUUUCUCCCACUGGUCAUUCGUCAGCUGGUCACUGCUAUGGAUGCAUGACCUGACUGUGUCUCCAGGUACUGCAUUCGUCUGCAAAGUGUUCCCACAUGGCAGGGUUGAUUUUGCCAACCUUCAUGUCACCUUUGCAGACACCUUUGUAAUGCAGCGUCGGUCUGGCAAUGGGCCUGGUGCUCCCCACAUCCUUGGGGAUCCUGCCAUCUUCCAAUCUGUGGACAUGACCAAGCCAGCGUAGAUGUUGCUGAGACAGGAGUGCAAACAUGCUGGGAAUGUGGCCGUGUCUUUGUUUGAGACUCUGUCCUCCCAUGUGAUACCCAAAAUCUUCAUGACACAGCACAUGUGGAAGGCGUUGAGACGUGUUAGGGGAGGGGAACUAUCUCUGGUGAGGGACACAUUGUGUUCCUUCUGUGUAGGAUUUGGGCAAGACCCCACAGGCAACCUCUGCCAACCUUGGCAGUAACUUUCAAACUGAAACUUCUUUAGGACUUGGUGACUGAUGCACUUUUCUCUGUACAAUCACUGCCCUCAGGCUUGAUUCCUCAAAGCUUGGUGGCCACACCUUCCUUUGUGAAAGCUGUUUAGAAAUAGAUUAGUUUGCUAUAUAGGAUUUGGGCAUAAUGCUUCUAUUUUUUGUUCCAGGUCUUUGUCCAGCAUCUUGUUGAGCUUUGUUAUGUGAUCCUGUACCCUCCUAAAUAGCACAUACACUGUAUAUAAAAUUUCAUUGUGAGUAGACAUGGGUUUUGUUCCAGGAUGUAAAUUAGAACUGUGAGUGUUUAGCCUAUGAAUAUAUUUAAUGAUGGUUGAAAAUUAAAUUGUACAGUUAGAAUAUAUAAAAGCAAAACAUUCUAGCCAGUUAGAAAUACCAAGGCUUAAGUGAGUGGAUAUAGAGUUUAGAGAACCAUCAGACUUCUUGAAAAGCUUACAAGGCAGGUAGAGACUAGUGCAUCCCAAGGUGCCAAGGUGGCAGUGUAGGAAGUAAUUACUUUAUUUUAUUAAAAUGGUCUAGCCCCACCAAAAGUGCUUACCUUGACAUCUUCAAUUUUAUCAUUUUUAGGGUCGUCCCCCCCCUUUUUUACUUCAGUAUAGAAUCUGUGAUUCAUCCUUCUGACCUUUAAGAAAGGGAAGGCGGGGAGGAAAUCUAAACAGUGCUGAUACUUACUGUUAAUAAUAAGCAACCUUGAUUGUGUUGGGAAAUGGCUUUAAUUAUUUCUAAGCCAAUUUGCAUUCAACCACUCCUGUGCAGUUUGUUUCUGCAGUUUACUGGUCUACAUCAGGAGAAGGAAAGAGGCUCGCCCUGAAGACUCAUGGGCUGAGGGCAGCAAGCGGUAAUCCAAAAACUCAUAGGGAGGAACAAACAGCAACUCACUGCUGAAGACACUUUGAAAAAAGUACCAUUGGUGAUGGGUUGCUGUUUAGAAUCAGGAGACAUUUUCAGGGCUGCAGUAUCAUUCUGUCUAUCAAGGAAAUAAAAUUGUUCUACUAGAUUGCAGAAACAAGGUACACAGGAAAGUCAGGAAAGUACAACCUCAUUCAGGGAAGGCUCUUGCCCACCUCCCAACACGAGAACCUGAGACACGUAACAUCUCUGUCUUUUAAGGAUUCAUCUUCAGUUUAUUGGCCCACAUCCGUCCCAUCACUGCCUCUAAGCACUGAUCUCACACCUCAACUGUCUCUCCAGAGUCAGAUGGAACAGAAUGAUAGAGGUGGAUGUCAUCUGCAUAUUGAUGACAUUUGACUCCAAAUCUCCUGGUGACAGCUUCCAGAGACUUCGUAUGAAUGUUAAAUAGCAUGGGUGACAAGAUCAUCCUGUGGGGAUACCACAAGAUAAUUUCCAUGGUGCUGAACAGAAACCUCCCAUGACUACUUUAUGGAAGUGGCCCUGGAAGUAUAGGAGCGGAACCACUGAACAGUGCUUGAAAAAAAUCUAAAAUGCAUUUUUCAAGCCUAAAUGCUGUGGGAAGGUAUUUGUCUCUGUAUCUAUAUGGAGUGGCCACACCCACUUUUGCCUUGGCCACACCCAUCACUGGCAUGUGGUGCCCAGAAGGUUGACAAAGACAAAACUUUGCCAUCAGGCCAGAACAGUUUCCCAACCCUUGGACUUAGGGAAAUAUACACUUGCUUUUUCUGCCAUGAUUUUCAAACCUUUGGUUUUAGCAUUGAAGGGGUCAAUCAACAGCACACAAAGCUGUCAUAUGAAUGAGUGUUUCUUCUAAUGAUGAUAUUUCAUUCAGCUUUGACUGUUACAAAUGCUACACUCUUUUACCACCUAUUUUUCUUCUUAAUGGAAUCUAGAUGGUGAGCUUCUAAUGCUGUGGUAUGCCAUUUACUGUUACAUUGAAAAUGCCUAGUGCAUUUGGGAGGAAAUGAAAAUGUAGUAGCAGAAUAGGUAGAGAGGAAGUUCCCUUUUUUUUUGGCAGAUCCUAGACAUCCAAGAAUUGAAUUUUAUUUUUCAGGAGAAAAUGCUUCUAACAUUCUCCAAUUUAUACUCCAGCUUGCAACAUCACUGAAGAUUUUAUUCCCUCUUUAGAACCAAUCUUUAAUUAUAUGUUUGUGAGGAUUAAAAAUAAAUAAAUCUGAGGGGGUUUUUGUAUCUGCACAAUAAAAGAAAAAUAAAUAAACACCCCUGAACUCUGUGGAUAUGUUGAUCUGUUCAAACACAAGUGUUUGAAAUGGCCUGGCCUGAACUCAUAUAAUUUCCAACUAAUUUUGGGUUUGGUCAGUAAGAGCAGAUGGAUAAGAACAAAUGCAUUUAUCAUAUAAAUAUGUAGUAAGUUAGAUACAACUUAUUCCCCAACUAUGCAGACAGGUUGGCUUGCCAAUCCUUUGAAUAUUAAUACCAGUUGUUUCCUGUUCAUAUUCUCCACUCUGUGAUACAAAACAAUUAUAUAAUGGGUAAAAUUUGGCAAUCUCUGCUUUUUUUUAAAGCAACCUUUCCCCCCCUCCUCCCCCCUCCUCUACGUACCUCUUUCUGUCUAGUUUCUCUGAAGGUUACCAAGGAGGAGGCCAAUAAUAAGAAAAAAGGGGAAAGGAGCUUAAAAAAAAAUGCUGUGGAAAAGAAAAUUAAAAGAAAACUGGAAUGAAUGCUUCACUUGUUGGCUAUUACCACAAUUACCAUACCUUAGAAAAUAUGCAAGGAAUAGUUAAUUAUGACUAAAUGAGCUCUUUUUAAAGUCCAUGGCAGGCCCCAGGAUCCAACUGUCAGUACUGUGAAACAUAUUGAAUUGGAAGGCUGGUCUCCCUGUCAGCCAGUAGGAUGGUCUGCCUGAAUAAAACAGACAGUGAAAAGAUAUCUGGUUUAGAGUAGCCUCAGACAAGGGAAACACGUACAGCAUUUGCAUACUUUUCCUGCAAAGGGGUUUAAUCCUAAGAAAGAAGGAGAUUUCUGUAUUGUCAGCCAGGGCUUUGUUCGGAAUGAAGAGUAGAAGGAAAUCUGAUGAAGGGGUCUUUCUGAAAGCUUUGCUCUCAGCCUUGAGGUUGUCCUAGCAAAGUUAUAUAUUUGCAGAUUGUUUACAUACUAUUGUCUGCUUUAAGGUCUCCUAUAUUCAAAAGGCUCAAAGUAUUCCCUUCUGCUUGCACAAAAACAGGGGUUUUGUAUGGUAAAAAUGACUUGCACUCCAAAGCUGAAACAAGUUCUUUUUUACUAUGUAUGCAAAACACCCUCAUUCUCAUCAGUCAAACUCAAACAACCCAAAAUAUUUGAAAGACUGGAAAAAGAAAGCAGAAACCACAUCCUGUAUCAUAUAUCUGCUAUAGAAGUCUAUACUUAAUAUGUUUUAUAGUUUGUAGCUUUUGGCAAAAAUCGGCAAACUAAAAUUAAUCUCUCUGUGUGAGAAAUGCAUGUGAGAAAAACAUAUUUUUUAAAGUUUAACUGCAUUGCAACUAGAGUGCCUGGCUCCAAAAUUUUAGCUGUGAAGACAUUCUUCAGUUGCUUGCUGUGAUUCUUAAAUUAACGACACACUUUCAAUAUUUUGGAUACCAGAUUGGACAAAUAACCCUUAUUCUUCAUAUUAUAAUGAAAUACAGUGGUGCCUCGCAAGACGAAAUUAAUUCGUUCCACGAGUUUUGUCGCCUUGCAAUUUUUUUCGUCUUUCGAAGCACGGUGUCGGGAAAGUUUUGGAAAAGCUUCAAAAAUCACCAAAGUCUUUAAAAACCUCAAAAAAGGCUACCACACCGCGUUCUAUGAGUUGCUCCUCAAAGUCAAGUCGCAACUGUAUUAACGGUGUUAAGAAAUAGGAAACAAACUUGCAAGACGUUUCCGUCUUGCGAAGCAAGCCCAUAGCGAAAAUCGUCUUGCGAAGCAGCUCAAAAAACAAAAAACCCUUUCGUCUAGCGAGUUUUUUGUCUUGCGAGGCAUUCGUCUUGCGAGGUACCACUGUAUAACUCAGAUCCUUCCCCCACAUGUACCACAAAAACUGCAAAUAGUCUUAAUGGUCUAAAUUUUUAUAGUCUGUGGCCCUCUCCAUCAGAUACUUUGUAUUAUCCUUGAAUGAAGGCAAUAUUGCAAACAGUGAGACAAAAAAAAGGCUUGAAAUGCAAGAGGUGUAUGUAUGUAGAGAUACCUGUAAGCAAAGACUGUACUUCUUGCAUAUCAUAAAAUCAUAGAAUUUUAGAGUUGGAAGGGACCCCAAAGUCCAUCUAGUCCAACCCCCUGCAAUGCUUGAAUCUCAACUAAAGCAUCCAUUAUAAGUGACCAUUCAAUCUCUGCUUAAAAACCUCCAAUAAAGGAAAGUCACCACCUUCCAAGGGAGGUCGUUCCACAGUUCUUAGUGUCAGAAAGUUAUUCCUGAUGCUUAGUCAGAAUCUCCUUUCUUGAAUCCAUUGGGUUUGGAUUCUACCCUCUGGAGCAGGAAAAAACAAGCUUGCUCUAUCUUUCCCUGUGACAGCCAUUUGGAUAUUUGAAGAUUGCUAUCAUAUGCUUGGUUUCCAGACCCUUUAUCACCUUGGCCACCCUCUCUGCCUAUGUUCCAGCUUGUUAAUAUCCUUCUUAAAUUGAACUGGACAUAGUACUCUAGUUGUGGUCUGACCAAGGCAGAAUAGAGCAGGGCUAUUACUUCCCUUGAACUGGACACAAAGCACUCCCUCUCUCCAUAAACUAUACUGUAACUAAGAUUUUAAAACUUGUUUGUUUGGUACUAGCGUUAAACACAUUAUUAAGCUGUUAUCUAGUAUUUAUGUGGAUUUAUAAUAAACAUUUAUAUUUAUGUAAUAAUGCUUAAUACAUAAGUCAGCGUAAUAACAAAUACAACAUACAUUUGGGGAGAUGUUAAACAUCUGUGUUUGUUUCCAGCAGCUAGUAAGUACACUUAAUAUAGAUUAGUUUUUUUGCAGAGAGUAGUUAAAAAAUAUGGCUACAAACUGGUUGCUCCAUUACGUGGAUAAAAUAUAUCGAUUCAGUAGGGAUCUUGUGUCAGGAAAUAGGGUUCAUAAAUCUAAUGAGAAUGUCAAUAAAAACCCAAAUAAUGUUUGAUCUGUAUUGCCUGAAUUUUCAGAGGGGGUUCUACAAAAUUGUUUUCUAUAUACCCCAGCAAUAAAGAGAAUGCCCUCUUGUAAAUCAGCACAUGCAAGCUAGUAUUCAGAAGACAGAUACAAAAUAGUUGGUUCUCAAGGGGGAUGGGAUGGCAUGCCAAAAUGACCCAACUUGAAACAUCUGUUUUAAUGGUUUGGAGAAAGCUUGUGGAUGAAGUUAUAUUAAAUGUUUGAAAAAGUAGUUAGACUCUAGCAUCUAUGGUUUGAAUGAUCCUUAAAAACUGUUGAGGUUUUCUUCAUUAUUUUUUUUUGUGCAGGGCUAGAAACCUAGACAUAUUUACCUAGAAUAAGUUCCAUAGAAUUCAGUGGGACUACCUUCUGAGUAGGCAUGUAUUGGAUGGUGGUGUUAAUCACUGUUUAGAAAUUAUCCCUUGCUAGAUGAGAUGAACUUUCCCCUCAUCCCUAAGCACAUUUUUACUGUGAGAAGCAUGUCAGAAUAUGGGGGGACUAAAUAUACUUCUUUUGUUGCUGAGCUUGUCAAGCACACCACUGUGUUCUCUUUCCCACCAGGAAGGUCAAACCGCUGGGGGCCAUUCUAUUUUCUGACAUGAUCCCUACUGUCUGUCCAUGCUGUCUGACAGAUUGAAACAGUUGUCUGUGUCACUGUGCUUUCAAUGCUUUCUAAAUGCUUCAUUUUCUAUGAAAGAAGUAAAAUAUGUAAGCGACAAGAGGAGAAAAUGGCAGAGGAGCUACAGCCUCUCCUAUAUUUUCCCAUUUUUGUACUUAACCAGUCAAAACCUUACUUUUUCAGUGUCCAAGAUGAUGAUAAAUAGUUCACGUGCAUUAGGUUGAGUCUUUUGAAAGAUAUGGUAAUAAAACGAUUAAAUAUGCAGUGUUUCAAUAGUUAAAGUGAAAUAGGGGGCUUCUUUUGUUCACUUACAUUUCAGUUUUAUAUAUUUUGAUUUGAGGUAUAUAUAAAGCCUGAAGAAAUUAGUGCUGUGCUGAGCCUUGAAUACUCUCUAGAUAAUUGAACUAAUUAAAUCUUUACUAACAUUAACACAACUCCAGCAUUCCUCGGACAGUGGUUAAUUAUUGCAGGAACAUGGCAAGCUUCAGCUAAACAGAUGAAAAUAGAGUCCUGUGGAAUGGUUAUUGAGUUUAGUCUUUAUUCAUCUUUUGAUAAGGUUUAAUUAAAACUGCCUCUCUCCAUUGUGGUAAGAAUGAAUGUGCUUGUUUUCUUAGUGAAAGCCGAAUUAUUCCCUUCAACCAUGGUUCAGCAAUCAAAGCUGCUUCAAAGUUUUGGGUUAUACUGUAGCUGUGGAGAUAUAAUUGCUGAAACUCUCUAUGAAGGCUUUAUUCUUUCUUGUGUUUCUUUAUUUUUAUUUUUAUUUAAUUUACUUUCAAGAAUUACAACAUCCUUUUCCAGCUGCAGUUAAAUUUUCCAAAUGUUGAUUAUAUAUACAUGGUGAAAGCUCAGAAAGGAGUAAUUAAAAAACAAACAUACAAAAUAUUUAUUUAAGCUCUCCCCUGACAAAAUAGUAAGAGGUCAUUAUUUUAAAAUUGUAGUUGCAACUGGUAUUUUUUUUUAACUUGGCAUCAUUUAAGCAAAAAUCCUACACUUGUUCAGAAGCUAGACUUUAAGAUGAAAAAAAAUAAUGACUGUGUUUUUAAUGGCAAUGAAGGACAGGAAUAGUGACUCUUUACAUAGGCAUACCAGGCAAUGAUUCAUUUUAAAGCAAAAGUGCUAAAAGUAUUGAUGCCUUGCCAGUUUAUAAGAAAAGCAAAACUCACUACCUCUCCAGAUAUGCAGCUCCAUUUGCUACCCACAGAUACACAACUUCAUUUUUGAAAACUUAUUUUAUUGUGUGUUUUUUGAAAAACAGUACAAUAAAGCUAAUUAGAUACCCAGAGGCUUUUUUCUAAUGUAAUUUUCUAUUUUUGUAAAGAUUGUUUUUCCUCCUGGAUACCAAAAAAGACAAGCCCUUUGCUGUAAUUAUAUUGAACACUUGCUAGAGAGGUUAAAAGCAACAAAAAAGGCUUUUAUGGGUAUGUUCGUAGCAAAAGGAAGAACAAAGAAACAGUGGGGUCACUCAGAGGAGAAGAUGGUGAAAUGCAAACAGGGGACACAGAAAGGGCUGAACUCCUCAAUGCCUUCUUUGCCUCAGUCUUCUCCGAUAAAGAAAACAAUGCCCGACCUGAAGAAUUUGGAGCAAAUGAUUCAGCAAAGGAAACACAGCCCAGAAUAACUAAGGAGAUAGUACAAGAAUACUUGGCUAGUUUAGAUGUAUUCAAGUCUCCAGGGCCAGAUGAACUGCAUCCAAGAGUAUUAAAAGAACUGGCAGAUGUGAUCUCAGAACCACUGGCAGUCAUCUUUGAGAAUUCCUGGAGAACAGGCGAAGUCCCGGCAGACUGGAGGAGGGCAAAUGUUGUCCCUAUUUUCAAAAAGGGGAAAAGAGAGGACCCAAAUAAUUACCGCCCAGUCAGUCUGACAUCAAUACCAGGGAAGAUUCUGGAGCAGAUCAUUAAGCAAACAGUCUGUGAGCACCUAGAAAGGAAUGCUGUGAUCACCAAUAGUCAGCAUGGAUUUCUGAAAAAUAAGUCAUGUCAGACUAACCUGAUCUCGUUUUUGACAGAAUUACAAGCCUGGUAGAUGAAGGGAAUGCAGUGGAUGUAGCCUACCUUGAUUUCAGCAAGGCAUUUGACAAGGUGCCCCAUGAUAUUCUUGUAAAGAAGCUGGUAAAAUGCGGUCUUGACUAUGCUACCACUCAGUGGAUUUGUAACUGGCUGACUGACCGAACCCAAAGGGUGCUCAUCAAUGGUUCCUCUUCAUCCUGGAGAAGAGUGACUAGUGGGGUGCCACAGGGUUCUGUCUUGGGCCCGGUCUUAUUCAACAUCUUUAUCAACGACUUGGAUGAUGGACUCAAGGGCAUCCUGAUCAAAUUUGCAGAUGACACCAAACUGGGAGGGGUGGCUAACACCCCAGAGGACAGGAUCACACUUCAAAACGACCUUGACAGAUUAGAGAACUGGGCCAAAACAAACAAGAUGAAUUUUAACAGGGAGAAAUGUAAAGUAUUGCACUUGGGCAAAAAAAUGAGAGGCACAAAUACAAGAUGGGUGACACCUGGCUUGAGAGCAGUACAUGUGAAAAGGAUCUAGGAGUCUUGGUUGACCACAAACUUGACAUGAGCCAACAGUGUGACGCGACAGCUAAAAAGCCAAUGCAAUUCUGGGCUGCAUCAAUAGGAGUAUAGCAUCUAGAUCAAGGGAAGUAAUAGUGCCACUGUAUUCUGCUCUGGUCAGACCUCACCUGGAGUACUGUGUCCAGUUCUGGGCACCACAAUUCAAGAAGGACACUGACAAACUGGAACAUGUCCAGAGGAGGGCAACCAAAAUGGUCAAAGGCCUGGAAACGAUGCCUUAUGAGGAACGGCUAAGGGAGCUGGGCAUGUUUAGCCUGGAGAAGAGGAGGUUAAGGGGUGAUAUGAUAGCCAUGUUCAAAUAUAUAAAAGGAUGUCACAUAGAGGAGGGAGAAAGGUUGUUUUCUGCUGCUCCAGAGAAGCGGACACGGAGCAAUGGAUCCAAACUACAAGAAAGAAGAUUCCACCUAAACAUUAGGAAGAACUUCCUGACAGUAAGAGCUGUUCGACAGUGGAAUUUGCUGCCAAGGAGUGUGGUGGAGUCUUUUAAGCAGAGGCUUGACAACCAUAUGUCAGGAGUGCUCUGAUGGUGUUUCCUGCUUGGCAGGGGGUUGGACUCGAUGGCCCUUGUGGUCUCUUCCAACUCUAUGAUUCUAUGAAAGCUAUUAUUAAGAAACUUACUAUUCAUGUCCUAUUAUGUCAAGAUGAUUUUUGAUACCAUGGGGGGAGGAACCAUAUUUCUACCUUAAAAGUGAGCAACAGAAUGUGUAGAUGUGCCCAACACCUGUAAGUGUGCAAGUAGUUGGUUAUAUGAACAGUUUGUGAAUCACUGUCCAUGCUAGGCUGUGGGAAUCAGGCUAGAGUGAGUUAGGAGCCCAGACCUGAGAGUUAGGGCUGAAGAACAAUUUGAAAAGAUGGCAAACCAGAAGGCAGAACUGGUAGAAUAUGACAGGAGUUGGCAUCAAGAAGCAGUCUGGAUUGGGAGGCAAACCAAAAGGCAGGGCCAGUGGACAAGCCCAGAGUCAUAAAGAACAAGGCAAGAAACAGAAGUCACACUAGAGCUUAGAUAGGACUUGUUGCUUGACUAAAUCACCACUGAGUCAGGAAAUCCUCUUAUAUUCUGUCUUGCCCAUUAGUAGCCAAUGACCAGCCUGGGAAAGAUCAGUCUGGAAAAUUUGUCCCUGAGAUGCUAGAGUGACACUGCUUUUCAGGAGUAGUUCCUGACAAUCAUACAGGUAGCCAUUCCUUUGUGUGCUAACACUUCACCGGAUCCUCCAAGCUGGAAGGCAAGAAGAUGGGAAGUAAUGCUUCUUCCUGACCCAAUACUACCUUUCAUGCCAGUGAGCAUUCUGAUAACCUGGUGUAGUGAAUGCAUCACCUAUGAUGGUUAUUGCCCUUUGGAAGUAGUUCUUCAGUAUUCUGGCCCACACAAGCUCAAGUGAUAGGACUAUAGCAUUAUGUAAACUUCUAGGCACAGCAUAUUGGAGCUGUAAUUUUGGUGCAGCAAAUCUAUAUUCCUCUAGUGACUGACUGACUGACUAUUCCUCUAGGCCUCCAAGCAGUGCGUAAUGGCAUUUGAUUGCAGCCUUGGUCUAGUUAUGAAAAUUUAAAUAUCUGCUUCUAAACGUGUCAGGCAGCCUGAUUGGAAGGUUGUCCCAUCUCCAAGUCUUGUUUGUGAUGUCUGAGCUUCAAUGACCUAUUUAGGUAUGCGUGGUGUUACUGGUCCUGUGUAACCUUUUUAAGGUACACAUAGGUUUUCCUAAAGGGGAAGAUCAUGUCUCUCACAGACUUGCAUCAGGAGAAGGAUGCGAGAGGGAGAUAGGUUGAACACCCUCAUGCUGCAGUUCUGAUCUGGAUCGGAGCUCUCACAACUUUCCUAUAGUGCUAUAUUAGUUGAUCAUGAGCAGGUAUCAUGAGCAGCUUGUUACAUUUCUAUAUUAUGUGAAGCAAAAUCACUGGAAAGAGAAAAGCCAAGUACAGUAAAUAGAAAUGUUCAGCUGGGGUAGAGGGGUUGAUACUCUAAUCAGUAUUAGAUACCCAGAGGCUUUUUUCUAAUGUAAUUUUCUAUUUUUGUAAAGAUUGUUUUUCCUCCUGGAUACCAAAAAAGACAAGCCCUUUGCUGUAAUUAUAUUGAACACUUAAACAGGGAGAAAAGAGCAGAUGUAGCAUUUUUUCUUGGUAAGUUCUCAGUAACCUUGCAUCUUAAAGAAACCCUAUUUUCUUAUACGGGGGUGGGGAGGCUCUGUAGAUGUAUAGCUAUCAUAAAGAAGAAAUAUCCUUCCACCAGUUUUUAUCCUUCUAAUAGUACUGACACUAGCUCAGUUUGCGCAUAAUGCUAAGCCAGACCUUGACUUAGUGUAAGCAUGUGGGUUCUGGAGAGGAAACCACAACUGCUUUGCUUCUUGUCUGGUCCUGCUGCUGCUGUGCUGCAGUGAGCUAAACCAUGGUUUGGCUUGGCCCUGUCAUCUGAAACAAGUCUGGCAAAUCAUGAACUGUAAGCCAUGGUUUGGCUUAGCACUGCAUGCGAACAGGGUCACUGGUUUCAUUUGUAGUUUGUGUUGAUUAAUACCUGCUUGACUGAUAUGCCAUCCUUGAGCAAAAACACUGCUGGACUGAAAUUAAGAGGGAGAACUGCUGAACCAUACAAGUAUGUAGCUAAUUCAAUCAGAGAAGCAUGAGAGAGGGCGAGAAUGGCUAAUUGUGUAGGACAGCUUUGUCAUUAUUUUUGCUCUGAAAUGGUGGGAAGCAGCCUGGGUUUCUGAUGCCAUCUCUCUGGAUUUGGCAACAUUUGGCUUUAACCCAAAAGAGAAAAUGGAGUGUAUACGUUGCCAGCAGGGUCCUGUUGCUCUUGCACAGAAUGGUUAACAGUGACAUUAGUAGACAGAAUGACCAUUCCCCUAGUCUUCCUUUAAGCAGAUCCUUUUAAAUGUAUUAUUGGGUGGAUGGCCCAUUACUUUGGGGUGCUAACUACCUUCCCCCCCUCUUUGUUAUAUAUACACUACAUUGUUUUCACUGGAAUUUCAUUUCAUCCCAUUCCUUAUUUUGUACUUAUGUCCUGAAUUAAUUGUGUUGACCUUACCUAAAAGUGGCAUGGCAGUUACAGCCCGGCAUAUCCAUGCCGCCAUCACCUAGCCUCUCCUUGCCAGGCUCCAACAGCCAACAGAAGACAUAACAACUUCUCCCAUUGGCUUUGGGAAUUCAAAUUGGCCCGUCUGCAAAAUUAGCCAAUUAUAGGCAGGUGUGGAAGCAGGGAUUCAGAAGGGUGGAGCUGAUAGGGACUCCUAAAGGAGUCCUCACUGAAGGAGUCUUCACUGAGGUCCCCUCACCUGGCUUAAAGCAGACCCACCUCCUCGCCCUGCACCGCAGUUGCCUUUUCGAUCUCCCUCCAUUCCUUAACUCAUGGUUGCAUCAUUUCAUUUGUGUGUGAUAUCUUGUUUGACUUUGCUAUGGGUUGCUUCGGUAUCAGUAUUCAGUAUAUCACCCUCUGUUGGAAACGGUAGAUGUUUUCUGAAACUGAACCAUAUAUAUGUUUGUGUAGUGAUUUUUAAAUACUAAAAAGGGUCCAAGCAAGUAAAUUUAUAGUAUAUUUCAACAUUGAAUCCCCCCAUCAAAUUUACUUCAGAAUUCAAGCUUAUUAGGGCCCUAAGAAAUAUUGUUGCAUAGUUGCUACAAAAAGAAUGUGAAAUUGGGACAUGGAGCAUGUGGUGUUCUUGAUCAUGUUAGGGCCUGUCUGCUUCAUUUGCAAGCACAGCAGUUUAAAAUAUGUCUGUCGUAAAGCUCAGUUCUUCUCUGAAAUGUAGCCUUGCAUGCAUCUAAGGGUUCUCCCUGCCCCCCAUGCAGUCCUUGCAUGAAUGUAGGUUAAGUCUGACCACCUAUGCUGGAUGUAUAUUACUAUGAACAUGGUUGCUAUAGGCACUUGCUCCUUGAAACUCGGGACAGGCUGCAUAUUUCUCAUGCAAGUAGCCAAUAGCUAUGAAUAAAAUUAAUCUAUCCCACUUCACGACAUAUUUUUUCUUUUGAACUCCCAAACCUGGAAUGCUCUGCUGCACACCGAGCAAUAGACUAUGCCUUUCAGAUAUUGUCUGUGAAUUAUCCCACCUCAAACUUUAGUGUUACUUCUCUGCAGAAUUUGAAUGUUGAUGCAUGUUCAUAGAGGUGUUUGUGUUAACAAGCAAGAACCUCAAGGUCUAUGGCUGAGUCUUGCUCUGUGAGCUGCCUGUGUCUGUUUCUCCUGCACAGCCUUGUACAUACACAGAAAGGAAUGAGAUUUGUAACAUUAGUCCCUGCAAUUGGCAGGCAGCAUGGAUCACCUGGACUGCCCAGAGCUGAUAUAAAUACAGGUAAGGGAUUUCUGCCCUUAUGUGUUUAACAGACCAGUGCCCUCUGCCUGCUGUACUUCAGACUCAUGCAAAAAUCCCUUGCGCCUGCAUCAAACCUUGGGACCCUAGAGCUGGAGAACAUAACUAUCAAUAGGUUUGCAUUCGGGUGUGACUUCCCAUGAUCCUGGAAUGGCCCGAUUCUUUGGACUUUUAAAAACAUAUAUUAAUUUACAAAAGCACUGUUAGCUUGCCCUUUCUGACAAGCUAGUUGCCUUCUCUUCAGUUGGUGUUUCAGCUACUAAUACAAAAAGCCAUCCACUGGGGGCUACCAAUUGCAUCUAGAGCAUUGAGGGAGACGAGCGAUGUUAUCCCAUUUUUUUCCUGCCCAUAUCCUCUCUUGCCACUCUUUGCAGCGGAUAUUGAUCAAUUUUACUUCUAAAACACCAUUCAUCAGUAGAGAUCCCAAAGUAGUCACAAGCUUAAAAAAACAAAACAGUAAAAUAGUGUUUCAAACAGCAGCAAUUCACAAUAAGCCUGAGAUCUUAGCAAAUUUUAGUCCAGUAGUGGCCAUCCAUCUUUACUGGGGAAGAAAGAUGGCAUCAGAGGCAACCUUCAGUGGGAAAUCAGUGCAGAGUUGGGUGGGGAGGUAGCUAAUUGCAAGCAUGUGCUUAAAAGAACAUGUUUAAUAUAACAUGUAGUUUGACCUUCUGAAGUUUACCCAGUAAUACAUGUGUUCAUAAUAACAUAUUCAGAUUUUAGGAUGCUGAAUACACUAGUAACUCAUAUGUAAUUCUUCUCGACUGAUUGUACAAGAAUUAGAAUGCUUCAAAUACAGUGCUGAACAAUAAGCCCUUUUACAUCUUUAACCGCUUUCAAAUGUAUUUUUAAUCCAUUAACAAACUUCCUAAUACAGCAUUAAAUCUACAUCUUCAAAUAGAUUUUCCUGCCUUUCACAAUCUUUUGUAUUCAUUUUAUUCCAUACCUUCCAUUUUUGGUUCCUUUCCUUGACCUUAGCAUACAAAUGUGUAAUGGGAGAAAAAAUGAUUGACUCGCAGAACAGGGGUCUGCAGUGUAGUGAUUUCAUGCUCAGUUGUUGGCUAACAAGCUGCCAUAGUUUCAUUUAGUGAAGCCCAGUUGCAAAAGAUGAAGGAUUGUGUAAGGCCCAGCUGCCAAGGUUACAGAACAGACUGCUUAAAGGACUUCAAGGUUCCAAGUGUGAGGGGAAUUGUCUCUGCCCAGCAGGUAUGGAAUAGAUUUAGACAGAGUCUGUUGUGCACAAGAUGCUGACUGGCCUAAGCAAUUCAUAAAUCCCCACCAAAAUUACAACAUUCUCCUCCCAUUUCGCUGUGUACAUACUUAACCCUUGCACAGCUGUUCUGGAAUAGCUUGUCUUUCAAAAUAGGCAUGAAAUAUAAAAAAGCUGCUUCUACAUACUUUGUGGUAAUAGGUUGAGGUAAUGAUCCAUGAUAGAACCUGGCGUAACCAAAUGCAUGCAUGUACUACUCUACUGAUAUAGCUUUAUACAGUGGUGCCUCGCAAGACGAAAUUAAUUCGUUCUGCAAGUUUUUUCGUCUUGCGAGUUUUUUCGUCUUGCGAAGCACGGUUUCAAUUUUUUCAAAAAAAUCUUCAAAAACCUCAAAAAAGGCUACCACACCGUGUGCUAUGAGUUGCUCCCCGAAGUCAAGUCGCAACUGCACCUCUUCAAGCAAUGCACCCUGUAUUACUGUAACGGUUUUAAGAAAAAGGAAACAAACUUGCAAGACGUUUCUGUCUUGCGAAGCAAGCCCAUAGGGAAAUUCGUCUCGCGAAGCAACUCAAAAAACGAAAAACUCUUUCGUCUUGCGAGUUUUUCGUCUUGAGAGGCAUUCGUCUUGCGAGGUACCACUGUAUUUGAAAAGAAAAAGGCAUUCCUUUUAAUUACCCAAAUAGCUUGAUAGUCAAGGGCCUCUCAAACUUUCUAAGCCCCAGGCUUGCGUGACAGGGCUAAACAUUUCUGAGGCCCAUGAAUCAUAAUAUGGUGGUGGAGGGGUAGAGCCAGUAAUGUAUAUAGGAGGAAAUUGGCGUAAUCAGUUGCUAAUUACUGAUAUCCUUUUAUAUUGACAGUUAAUAAUUCUUGGGAAAUUGUUAGAUUCAUUGCUAAAUUUCAUUGUGGCAGGGAAUUCCAUAGUUCAGCUUUUCUCAGGCUGAAUACAGACAUGCUCUCUGGAGGUAUUGUGACUCAGCCUUCCCAUUUUAGGCAAAAUUUGCUGAUUCGGAACAUAUCUCUUAGCCUCAGACCUGCUACCAGGUUUCAAAUUUCCAGUGUUUCCAGCCUUUCUUUGUAUUCUUUAGUCUUCUUUCCUCUACCACCACCUCUUUAAAAGCACAUGGCGUUUUCAGCUGAAAAAUCCAUAUCUGGGAAGAUUUCAGUUAGUUAUCUGCUUUUGUCAUUUAAAUCCAAGAGAAAUAUUGUUUAUUUGCAAUGUUUGAAAGGAUUUCACAAACUUAAAUCAUCCAUCCUUCCAAUUCCUGAAUUAUAUACUGUAAUAUAACUGGAUGAUGCAACUGGCAUCUACUAUUAAAUUAAACAUAGAGGAUAGUUGAAGUAAUAGGCUAUUUCUAUCGGUGUCAAAAAAAGUGUCAUAGUGGUUAAUUAAGUUGUUUUGCAGUUUUUAGCUUCAAGGUUUCUCUAUGCAUUUCAUUAGCACUUAUUAUUCAAAUACUUCAUAUACAGAUCUGUCUUUAAGUAAUAUAGACUAAAUUGUACAGUCUUUUCAUAUACCGUAUUGGCCUGAAUACAGUGGUACCUCGGGUUAAGAACUUAAUUUGGUCCGUUCUUAACCUGAGGUACCACUUUAGCUAAUGGGGCCUCCUACCACCGCCGCGCAAUUUCUGUUUUCAUCCUGAAGCAAAGUUCUUAACCCAAGGUACUAUUUCUGGGUUAGCGGAGUCUGUAACCUGAAGUGUCUGUAACCCGAGGUACCACUGUAUAGGCCUCAUUUUUUCCCCAAAUUCCGACCGUGAAAAGCGACCUUACAAAAAUUGGCUUUUAUGAUAUCUCUGCUGAAACAGACAUACGGUAAAACGGAACAGGUGUGAGUGCCUGCGGAAUUUUGAGAGAGCGGCUUAUAUUCAGGUAUUGUCUUUUUUUCUUUCCCCCUGUUGAAUUCUAAAGAUGUGGCUUAUAUUUGGGCCAAUACGGUAAUCUUUCUCCUGCUGUGCAUUAAAUUCAUCAUAGCUGAUACAUUUUCCUUAAUUUUGUGGAACUAGGUAACAUUUUUGCUUUUAUUCUGUUGUUGCCUUAUAAUUCCUAUUCAUAAGGAAUUCCUGUUGUCUUCUCACUUCCCACUUCAAAAUUUACUUUAGAAUCAUAUCACUGCAUUUACUAAAAAGGAAGACAGCAAUAUGAGGUAAUAGUAAUCAAUGCAUUCUUUGCCACAAAAAUGCACUCCUUAAGGAAUUAUAUGGUGCUUUUUAUUUACUUCUUAAAUUUUUCUUUCAUGCUUUACAUUUGUGUAAGUUUACUGCAUCCUAGAUACUUGAGAAGUCAGCCUGCUGCUCUGUUCCUUUACUGAUUGCCCCGCCCCUUUUAUAAGCUGCUGUGGCAACAUUUCUUAUCAAAGGACCUUGAUGCUUGAAUGUAUGAAAUCCCAGCUGUAGAGUUUGAUACACUGAAGUAACUUCCACUUGACCAAAUUCAUCCUAUAUUUAACUCUAUGGGUACAAACCUUUCUACAGGGCGUAAGUUGAUUCAAGACCACAAUGAGAGAUAGCUGCUGAUCACAUUCUUCCAAAUCUCAAAUUUCAAUCAAUACUUAGAAAUAUUUAAAAUGGGAUAGUUCUUUCUCCUGGUCGUUAGAUGAACAAUUUGCAAAUGACCCCCAGGGAAGUGAUGUUCCACAAUUUCCAUAUCAUCCCUGUAGCAGAAGGCAAAACGUUGAGAGAACUGCUAAGCAAGCCCUGUGACAUUAGAAGAAAACCCUAACAAAACACUCAAGCAACUUCUGUCCCCCAGCCAGGUUCCUCUGUCUUAAAAUAAGAGGGCACUGAGUUACCUAACUUGGGAAGACUGUUUUCCUUUUAGUUUUACCUCAGAAAUACAUUCCCCUAGCAUAAGGUAUGUACCUCAAUUCUCAUGAUAAAACUUUGUUCUGUACUCUAAAAAAGUAGUGAGCUAAUUCCAUUUUCAAUGGGAGUUGACUUACAAGUGAGAAAUGUGUUUGAAACCAAGGUAUGAACUGGAAGUUCUAGAAAGCACCUUUCCUUACUGUCCAUAUGCAAGUAGUCACUUGUCUGUAUGCAAGAGGUUCCAAUAAUCAAGGCUGUUCCUUCCUGAUAGUAUUAAAAACCGGAAAACUCAAAUUUCUCUUUGCCUACCCCUGAACUAAAGCAUUGAAAACUUAAACUAUGCUUAUUAUAGCAUAUAUUUAUCAAUAGAUUGCAAAGCAAAUCUGCACUGAGAGUAUAAUGUGAAUUGUUUUGAGAUCAUAAUUAUCGCAGGCCCCAGCAUUUCUCUCUAACUUAUCACACUGUUUUAUCUCAAGUAAUUCAGAUCCUUGGAGACUCCUUUCUUCAAAGCUUUGGAGGCAACUUUAGUGGGGUUAGAUUGGUGAAAAUGGACAGGUUUCAAAACUAAACUACAUACCUCUGCUGUUACAGUUUUCUGUAAUCCUUUUGGACACUAGCAGCUAUAAAGCAUGGGCCAUGGGUGUUUCAUUCUUUAGAAAGCCACGUGUCUCCCAAUUCAGUCACUAAAUUAAACUUUUCUGCUGACUUGUGUUUAUUUAAACAGCUUUGAUUAAGUAAUUAUACUAGUUUGGCUGUCAUGGUUUCAUUGGUCUCCUAUAGCCCCUGGAGGGGGAAGGCAGAAAAAGACUAUUUAUGGUCAGCUGGUGGUCUUGUCCAGAGCUGCUUGUACCUGCCUAACGUCAAGUACUAUAUUUAUUAAUUGAACUCUAACCUUUUCUUACCCUGAACUUUCAUUAUGAGCCCUUUCUUGAAUGUUUUUUGCCUGUUUGCUUUAAAAUAUUUGUUUGUUUAAAUAUUUGUUAUUCUCUUUACCUAAGUAUUCAAAGGUGGCUUGAAGCUGCAGAUUUAGAAAACGUCAGCAAACAAUAAAAUAUAUAAUAGAAAGCAUUAAAAUAAAGGCAACAAACAAAAAACAGAACGGCAGGAAUUAAAACAGAACUAUAAUAGCCACUAAGUAUGUCUGAUAAACACAUAAUUGAUCCAUAAAUCCUUCAGUUUUACACAUGUGAAGGUUCUGUAAACCAAAACUGAUUCUGAGAUAUUGCUACUGCACUAUCUCAAUGCACAAUAUGUCAAAUCUUUUGGAUUUAAGCUGGUCUGGUCAGUACUUCUAUAUGGGUGAUCAUGUGGGAACCCUAUGUAUGCUGUCUUUGAGUUUCGUUGUAGAAGGAAGGUGUGGUAUUAAUUAAAUACGAAUGCAUUGCUUUGUGCAGAUUUUCAAAAAACAUUAUUAAAUAUGACUUAGGAAGAUAAAUGCCAAAUCUCUUCCAUUUGUCUUCAUUACUUUUGCAGGUUGAAUACAAACCUGCAAAUAGAAGGAAUCUUUGGAUACAAAAUCUGUAUAUAGAUGGCAUCUCCCACUUAACAGCAAAUCUGUUUAACGUUUUCUUAGAUCAUGGGUGGAUAACAGUUUUCAGCAUGGGGCUGUACUCCUUUUUGGCCAAACUUUCAAGGACCACAUGCCAGCUUUGUGUGAGGUCAGAGGUCAAAGUGAACCAGCCAAUUAAUAUAAUUUUUGCUUUUGUACAGUAGGCAAGCUUUCACACACACUAACAAACCCCUCUGUAGCCUCCAUCCUGAUGAGCAAGAGGCAUUAUCAGAAUUCAAGGCAAAGAUACUCAGGGAUGGGAUGUAGCCUAGGGAGAAUUCCAAGAGUCAUAUAGAGAGACCUGGAGGGCUGCAUCUGGUCCCCAGGUUUGAUGCCCCCCCACCCCUUCCCUAGAGCAUUCCUCAAAAGUAAGAAGCUUUCCCACUUGUGCAAAAGCCUGUUGUACAAGCAGAAAUAUGAGAACCGUGAUAGAGGACCUAUUGUAGCACUGCAUAACCUCUUGCAGAAGUUAUUGACACAAUCAUUUAUUAAACAAUGCAAGUGACCGCCCCCCAAAAAAACAACUUACCGUACUUAUGGCUCAGUGCAUCUUUUUAAAAGGCAUUCACUACACUAAAAACCCAGAAGUCCUACACUUCUCAGUAGAAUUUGUGAGACUCAAGGAAUAUGAAACUAUAGUUUGUUUACCUGAAGCUAGCUAACGAUCCUCUUUUGAUAUUUCUAAAUUACUUACAUUUGGGGCACAGUCUUUAUGGAAGACAAACAGAAUGGGGCCAAUGAACACAAAUUCUUAGAUACCUAAAGGAGUCAAGUCUUUAAAAAAAAAGAAAAGGGGGAAAAAGACGGAACUUUUCUAGUCUCAAAACCACCUAGUGAUCCGAGGUUGGUGGUCUCAAAACAAAACAAAACAUUUGUGAGGAAACAGAUACCAACCUGCCAUAGAUAUACAUAGAGUGAAGAUGUUUUAGUUUAAAAGAACAGCAGCUGAGAAACAGUUAUUUGAUCCCUGCUGUUUGAGGGACAAAAGAAGAGCGUUUUUGCGAUCACUCAUCAGUGAUCCCUGUGCAGCUUGAUUCCAACAGCCGCAACAAAACCACAGAUGUUAUAACAACAUUGCAGUAGGUGGUAUUAUGUUGCAAAUCUUAUGCAUAGUAGUAUCAGACAGAUGUAUUGUUCUGUUGCUUCCAGAACUAUUGCCCAAGUUUGCUGCAACAGUUCAGCUAGUCUGUACAUAAUUUGUAAAUUAUGUGCCUGAGUCACCUACUCUAUUUAUCUGAAGUAGUGCCAUAACUUGCAAGUUGUGUGUGUGCUUCACACAAAUAGAAGUAUGAAAACUUCCAUAGGGCCCUUCUGUCAGAACUAUUAUAGAAGGUUGCAUUAUAGUGAUUGUGUGUUUGUGAGAGACAGACAAAGACAGAGGACAGGAUUCUACUACCUGUGUUUUGUUCAGAUGUUGUGUGCACAAAAUAAAAAUAAGUACUCAUGUCUAAUGUGCAGACCAGUUACAUACACACAUUAACAGACCUUUUAGGGUCGUCGUCCCCAGAAAAAUCAACUUUGAAAUAUUAUGAUUUGGAGUUAGGAAGAAGCACUUAACCCUUCCCUGCCUUCUGCUUCUCUGUUCCCAAUUGCCCGAUCCUCAAACCACCUUUUUUUACCUGUGGGUUUCAAAUGCAUGUUAACAGUUCUUUUUGGAAAAAUUAAAUAACAACACACUAAGCACUGCUUUGAAGCAAAAUCCAUAGAACACAAAUCAUGUAUGUAUUGAUUUAUAGGUUUGCUGCAUACAAAGCACCUGGUUUUUCUGUGACAUUUUUCUCUUUCUUCCUCAUAAUCCCUCAUACGAAGAAUUAUUUGAUGUUGUUAGCACUUAACCUAGACUUUUUUAUGAAAUCGGUUGCUCAGUCAGCAUGCCUGCCACCUAUGUCCACACAGCCAACAUAUCUUUACAAUAUCUAGGUCCUUCUAUCUGAAGGAUUGUAUGAAAUUUUAUGUUAAACGGUGGUCUGCUAUCCACACAUCCAUUUUAUUUUCUUUGAACAUGGACCACAGUUAAGUGUAUUGUACAACUAGGCAGCUUGAUAUCACUUUGAUAGACACAAAGUGACCUUAUAUGUGCACUCCUGUGUACUCUAAUCUGUGGUCUCCCAUCUCCCACUCGACAGGAAUUCUGAGAUGUUGAUGGAACCCUCCGUUUCAACAGAGCAGCUGUGCUGACCUUUAACCCUUCACACUGGUUCUGACAGCUGCCUGCCAUGUGUAGAGGAAACCUCACAGACGAACAUUUCUGUCCUGAAGUAAAGAUUUUUAGAUAAACAUGCAAGCACUACUAUGGAUACUACUUUUAAAAAUAAAUAAGCUACUGAAUAUAUAACAGCAGGAUACGUUGUAGACUCUUAAAAAAUAUAUACACACUAUUGCUAGCUCGUUUUCCUGAAGAACUUUUAAAUAACGAAAAUUAUCAUAAACUUAAAGCUGCACACCAAAUGUAACCAAUCUGAAAUUUAUAAAUUUUAUUAAAUGAAGUUAAUUGGGCGCCGCAAAUAUAGGCUUAUGGCAUUACUGGCAUAUAUGUCGGUGAGGUGAUUCAGACACUUCUAAAGCAACUGAACUUGUGUGCAGUUUUUAAAUUUUAAUCCAAAUAAUACAACCUUUUUCCAGUUGUUUUUUUUUGGGGGGGGGAUUAAAACACAACUUUAACCAAAAAGAAAACUGCUUUAAAAACCUUUGUUAUGUGUUAAAACAUGGUGACUUGAAUGUCAGGUUCAUCUUGCUCUUAUUGAGAGUCCAGUGUUAUGUGCUAAUGUUUUCCUGCUGAGCUACUAUUGCCUUUUUGCGCAGCUGUCGUGGUAUUAAUAUAAUAUACCUUCCCCAUUUGUGUAGAGGUCACUAUUCUGUUGCCCACUCACAUUACGUCUGCUCAGAUAUUAACUGCUUGAGGUUUUUUUUAUCUCAAUAAAUAUUCAAUAGUACCUCAACAACAUGAGGUACUGCUUUUUCUAAAAUGAAUGAAUGAAUGAAUAAAAAUACACUCGAAGACUUUUUUUAUUCAUUUGUUUCUUAGCAGGAGAAGAAAGUCUCCUGGUUAAAAUCAUAUUCUAUUCAAAUUCUUACCUUACCUUACAAAAUAGUUGCCUCUUUUUUCUGUUGGACAGUUUGACAGACUGUAAUUUAGUGCUGUUAAUUUUUUUGUCCAUGUGUUUCCAAAAAUAAAAAAAAUUGGGUGGGUGGGGGACCUCUCUCUCUGUGUAGGGUGUUAAGUGUUCAUGUCCUUAAUUAAGGCAAAUGGAUAAUAUAUUUUCUACCUCUGUCCAGCUGGCAAUUCUGUUAAAUUGGCACAUGAGUGCCUCUUUAGUUGAGUAGUGAAAACGUUUCCACCAUUAUAAGCCUUAAAAUUCUAUACUUUAUAAUAAUGGCAUCUCAUGAGCUAUCAACAUGAAACCUGACAUUACACGAUCGACCUGAUGAGGUCUACAAAAUUUCAAACUGAUCCAAUGAAAAUUGUUGGAUUUACAGUAAGUUUAAAAGUGCUGAAAUCUACACUUUUAUUGGUUUAAAAUUUUGGUUUGAUGAAGUUCUGAGCAGCAAUUCAAAGGUUAUUAAGGUUUACCUGCCCCAUUAAAGUCAAAGGUAGCAAUUACUGGUAAAAUAACUGUCAAAAUACCAUGGCACAUGUGCAUUUUACAUUUUGGAGCAGAAAUUUGCCUGGACUUCAGUGUCUGCACAGUGAGCCACCUAAUGAAUGCUAUGUGCAGUUUGGCACAGUGGUUGGACAAACUUAUUGGGCUCAAUAGCAUGUACAAUUUGUGAUGUUGCAUAGCAUCUUUACUGAUCACAGGAUACAUUUCUUAAGGCAUCUAGGGAGAUUAAAUUUGGAACUAUUUAAAAUGCAAGCAUUAAUGUUUUUCAAUACCUGGUUAGACAUUCAAGUCAUUUAAGAUGAUACUGUGAAAUACGCCACAGGGCCCACUUUCCAAUACAGUGUCAAGAGACUGCAUUUUCUAUGUUUGUUCGAUUUUAAUAGUAGAUGGGGUAAUGAUUUCAUUAAGUUAGAUAGUAGUGCAAGUUAUACAGGAGGCUUGUUGACAAGGCUCUUGGGGUUAUAUCCCCUGUUGCAAACAUAUACUUUGCCUUCUAGAGCCUUCUUACAUUGCUAGCAGCCUAACAAUACACAUAUAGAAACUGUUUCUAAAAAUGCUUCCCUUAGUACUGAAAUAGGGUGUCAUUUUUAAGCUUAAACUGUUACACAAUUUCAAAGGAGACUUAAAGAAAAAAUAAUUACAAUACACUGCAGAAAUGUCCAGUUUGUUGUAUAUCAGAAUGAACUACAUUCCCAUGCCUGUCACAGAUAUAACUGCUGGAUGUCAUUUUAACAGCACGGCUCCAUUCCGCCCCCCACUCCACCCCCAGCAGAUUUCCAUGUAGCCUUUUAAUCUGUCUCUUGUCUUUGGGUGUUUACACUUGAUGCAUUUAACCCAAUGUUGUAGAUAUUCUACAUAUAAGGGCUUUAGGACUUGCUCAAGGGAUUAACUAGCAUUCUAGUGUCCUUCCUUUAUCCACUUCAGUUCCUACAUUCUUUUGCAUCUGAUACAUGUUUUGACCAGAUCAUAUUUCUCAAAAUAUUUAAGCCCACAGAAAGCAAUUGACAUAAAGAACUAAAUUCUUCCAUAUACUUUUCUAGGCUUAUUGGUUUACAUUAUACAUUGGAUUUCACAAUUGAAAUUUAAUGUAUGAUUCAAAACAAAUCACAGUCCUUUCUGUACCAGGCAGCCACACUGGUCAAUUCUUCCUCACCUUGGCUGGUUCUCAUCUUGUUAGCCAACCAUGUGUCUCAUUGGAGACUUCUGACCCUCUUGUGUUUUUCCAACACUUUGAAAUUUCUUGAUACUAUCUUGUUUUGACUAAAUGUUGUUUUUGCUAUGUUGUUACUAAAGACACUUCAUCCUAAACAUGUUUACUAUUUCUUACUUUCAGCUGUUCACAAAUGGUUAUGCUUCCGCUAUCUUAACUCAUACCAACUGUGUCAUCAUCUAUGUUUAUAUAAUUUCAUGUUCUUAGUUUACCUCAUUAGCUUACCCAAAGGCCUCACACUAACCCUUUCCCAUAGCUAGUAUUUUUUCAAGUAUCAUUUCUAUGGAGUUCCUAUCAAAGUAGGUGUCAGGGCUGCCUCAGGUCUCAGCUCACAAAAGACCAACGCCAAUCUCUUCUUAUAUACAAAAGUGUUUAUUGCAGUUCAUUGUUUGCUUCACAUCCGAGGCGCGCAGCCCCACGUCUGUUACGCUUAGACCGUUGAAGUCCCCUCUGAGUCAGUCCCUCCCCUGCACCAGUUUAAGAGGCCUGCGCUGCUCCACCUCUUCCUCUCUUUCCUUUUCCGCAGGGUCUUCCUGCCCCCUGGGGUUUCGCCCCUCCUGGAUUCCCCUGACGCGGAAUCUCCAGACUGCUCCUCCCCCUCCUGCGGGCUUUGGGACCUGGCCCCUCCUCCGGGCUCCCUGUACUUCCGCACGCCUCUACAUUUGAACCUGCGCGCGCGCCCAACCUCUAACCUUCCUUUUGACAGUUACACUACUCCCUUCACUACUCCCCUCCCCUUCCGGGAGGGUGGCUUGCUCCGACCUCCCUCCCUUCUCUGCUGCCGGAGCUGCUCCCCUGAUACACUGGAACCUCCACCCCCUUCGCUGCACUCUGGCGGGGAGGCUGGUCCUGAUGCCCAGCUGCCACUUUGGGAUCCCCCGCUGGCCCCCUGUUCCUGACACGUCCCCCCUGGGGCUCCCCUGGCCUUGACCACUGGUGCCCCCUUCUGGGAAUCCUCUGAUUCGCUGGAAAGACUCAUGGAAUCUCUUGAGUCAUUGUCAUCCUCUUCCUCGCUGUCCUGGGAUUCAUCCCCAUCGCUCUCCAUCUCCUGCCUACCCUGUGCCUCUGUCCCUGAACCCCUGACAGUAGGUUUCUGGAAUUCUUUCUUCAAGUUUCCCCCCAAUAACAUGCAUAUGAUGUAUCACAAGUUAACAGCAUUAGGCUGCAUAGCAAGGAUCUGUCAUGUUGUUCUUGUUUCCCCUCAGCUCCUGGGAAAAGGAGUAUGGGUUUUACAGAGCGAUAGCUAUCUUUAGCAAGUAGUUUAAUGCAGCUCUCACAAAACAACAAUUGUGGUUUGCUGUCCAAAGUUGGUAGCUGCUCGUGGCAUGGGAGCAAGGAGCUAUGUGUACAUCUCUGAAAGUGAGGUUGACUAAGGAUUGGGAAGCCACAUCCUCCACUUGAAAGGCUUUGCAAUAAGAAUUUCCUGAUCUCUUUCAUUUUCUCUAGCAUUUGUGUAGAUGGGCAAAGAUUUUCUAGCUCCAUGUAGUAUAUGGAUAAUUGUGAAGUGUAUUAUAUACCUAUUAUAUAAGCUUAUGUUUUGGUUCCAUUGACAGUGAAUAUCUCUAAAGUUAAGCGUGAGAGGUUUUCAUUCCAUUUAAUAGUGUGUGUAUAGUUAGUGGCUCCAGUACUUUAAGGAAUUUGAUUUACCGUAAUUAUUUUAAUUGCAAUGAGCUAUCCUAUAAAACAGUACAGUAACAAGUGAACAUAAAAAGUGGGUCAUAAAAGUAAUCUCUUCCCCCCACCCACAAGAAGUAUUUUGUGCUGUAGGAACCGACAUAUUGCAUUCCUUUGUGUUUUUUUUUAAAAAUAAAAUCUUCUCCCAACUCAGUAUUACAGUCUUAUUGAAAAUGUAUUGCUGGUCUUAAAAGAAUUCUUUCUUUUGGAUAGAAAAUAGAAGAAAAUGAUUAUUUUUGGCUCCUAUUUGGUAUUACCAUUUUCAAUCCAAAAAUAUUUCAGUAAAGUGCAAAAAAGGCUACCUGGGCUGUGGACAAAUAUUGAUAAUAAACAACAAUUAGGGUUUUCUUGUUUGAAAAUAACUCUUGAUUAUGACAUUCCCAGCUACGCUGGUUCUCUUAGAUUUUCCUUCAACUUAUCCUUAAGUCCUGUACUGUGUUCAUUUGCCAUGUUAAAAGUUGGAAAAGCCUGUCUGUAAACAAUUCCAUGAAGCCCUCCAGUCACUCUAAUAGCUAAUAUCCAGAGUUAUAUACAGUAUUAGUUUCCAUUGAUCAUUUGCAGCAAAAGUAUAGUUGUACAUAUAAUUUAAGGACUUUUCAGUGCCAGUGUAAGUGCUGUCAUAUGGUGGCCAUCCUGGGACUGCACCACUUAAUAAUUCAGUUUUUUAGCUUGCAGUGCUAAAAUCUUCCCUGUCCAUGUAGCAUUCCAGACCUAGCCUGCUUCUUGAUGUUCUGUUUGUGUUUAGAGAGGCCUCUUUUUAUGGGAGAGCAAGCAUUCAAACUUGCAGUUCACUCAUCUGCAUUCUGAAGGUGUAAAAUGCCAGGAGGGCUGUCUCAUAUGCUUUUUGUAGAUCAAGUCUUCGGAUAGAAGAACACUUUCUUAAGGGCCUUUCUGCACCUGUAUUUUAAAGAACUACCCAAGUUUUUUCAUCGUUGUAUAUUUGCCAUUCAUAAUAUAGUACUUUUGAGAAAACAUGGGUUUUCAGAAUGAUCCAUCUGAAUUGUGCUCAAUGACCUAUCUUCCUCCUGCCUGGAGCUAUGGGGUUGUGAUGUGGAUGGUACAGGUGCAAAAGGCGUUUGUACCCACUUCACCCAACUGAGCAGUCACUUUUUUCCCCUUUUCACUCACAGUUGCACAAAAAAGUUCAUAGCUAUGAUAAAUAGCCCUAAAAAUGCAGUUAGGAUGCAGAUCCCCAACCGUAACCUCUGUGAGAAGCAUGAAGAAUCUAGGUACUAAUCAUGGAGGAGUAAUUAAGAAAAUGUAGGCAUAGACCAAAUUUGAAAAAAUGCCACAUACUAUUGAAGAAAUACUGUAUUAAUGCCCUGUUGAUAAUUACCAUUUUUAUUAUUGAGGCAAGUGCAGGCAGGAGUAAAUAACUAGGAUUAAUAGAUUUUAUUUCUUUAAGCUUCGGUGCAUGUAAUUCACUUGGGUAUUUUAAUAAUAGAACAACAGGUAAAGCAUACACUGAAAUGCAUUACAUUCAGCACUAAGGUGGAAAAUAAUUGAUUAUGCAAAGUAGGCCUAGGUCCAUGUAAAAGUUUAGGGAUUUUACUUAUCAAAUGCAUGCUGGUGUCUCAAUCUUUUGGCACUUUUUAGUAACUAGAGCAUGUCAAAAUGUAAUAAUUGUUUGCCUUUUAUUUUAGUACUUUCCCUCUACUUCUAAAAUAUAUUACCUCUGCAACUUUUGAGCUAUUUCUCCAAACUAAAUAUCCCGUGUAAUUUCAAAACUAGAGUUCCUCAUUUUUUUCUAGGAAAAGGUCUGCAGUGCCCGGCUGUUUAAAAAAAUCUUAGUGGAACACAAAACCCACAAACCACUUUAAUUGCCAUUUAUAUAAGGCUGCAUAUGAAAAUAUCCAGGAAGGAAUCUAUUAUACCUUUUCAUUUCUCCUCUGUUAAUGAAAUGUGCCUUGAUUCAGAACAUGCUCACAUAUACUCCUCUCUAAAACAUGACCACUUGCAAAUCUACCUAAGCAGCUUUCCUAGCAGAGGUGUAGUGGGGGGCAGUGGGGCCAUGGCCUCAGGCACACAUUUUUGAGGGGGCACAAUCAGGUGCCCCAAUGGCAGGCAUGAAGCCCUGGCAGCUGAGGCGUGGCAGCAAGCGCUUUUUAGUGGGCAGGUGGAUGGACGCAGUGGCUGAGGAGCCUGUUGGAGGCAGGUUCCAUUCACCCUCCAUGCGGACUUCACAUGUGCCUCCAUCCCAGCUGCCCAGUCCACCAGGGGGGCACAACAUUUGCCCCAACCCACGCUAUACCACUAUUUCCUUGGAAAUAAUGGGUUUUCAUUAGGAAAAUAUUAUAUCACAGUGAUAGAGCACAUGUUCUGCAUUAAGUAGGUUCCAGGUUCAAUCACUACUGUCUCCUGGGGCUGGACAAAUCUGUCUGAAACCCAGAGCCACAAUCAGUCACUGUAGAGCUAGAUUUGUCUGUUACAGAGCAGUGUAACUGUCUAUCUGAGAUCCUUGGAAGGAAAGGAUAGUAUAUAAAUGUAAUAAAUAGCUAAAUAGUUAAUACAACCUCAAUUUGGGAAUUGACAUAGCUGUUCCUUCUUCCUUAUAGGCCUCCCUCUUUUUUGCCUCUGCUGCUGGGGGAAUAUUCUUUGCUACGGUUCUCCCAGCUCCUCCCUCUAACAGAGAAAGGGAGGGAGGGAGAGAGAGUUCCCCAGGAAAUAAGCUUAACGCAGUGUGCUACUUCUAACUACUAACUGGAAAGUCAAGAGAUCACAAUUUUUCCCAAACGUGCCCAUGCAAAAUAAGAAAAAGAAAAGCUAUAAUUCACUUCCUUCAAUUAUUACCCACUGGAACGCUAUCAUAAUCAGUCUUAGUAACUUUCUCCCCAGUAUCUAUUUUUUAUUCAAAACUGAGCCUUACAAAUUAUCUCUGUUUUAGUUUACGAAUAGGAAGAAUGGGAAAAAAGUAAGCCCGAACCUGUUUGCUUAAAAUUAAACUCCAAUUGAAAUGUGUCCAUAGUAGCUUUCUAUUAAUUCCUAAUAAACAAUGGAGCUCAAUAAAAUGCACGCAUGGUUUAGCACAGGAACAGAUUCCUUAUAGCUAUAAAUCAAACUAGAAUGGGUAUUACCAUCGCUAAUACAUCCAUUAAUUCAACCUCACUGUUAACGUUACUACAGCUACGAAGAAAAACUUGGCUAAUAGGCAGCUGCCUGCAAUGAUCCUGGCCUGAGGAAAAAUUGCAAAGUUGAGCUAACACUCCUUGUCUUACUGAGCACAAUAGCAUUUACUUUUAAAUCCAGAAACAAGAAAAAUGUGAGAAACCAAGGCAAUAUGUUUAUAGUGCAUUCAUUUGCAGUCUGCUAUGUAUCAAAUCAUAUAUGUACACAAAUGUACAAACAGGAAUAAUCUAGGUGUAGGUAUAAUUCAUGUUGCAUAUGCAUAAGCAGGAGGGGGAGGGGAAUUUAUGAGAGGCUGGCCAGGUUUAAUUUGUGUCUGCUUGUAUUUAGCACUUAAAGUUUCUUACAUUCAGUUUGCUCAGAAGCGUGAUGAAGUGCUUCUUGCUUCUGCCUCAAAUCAGAAAUGCAUGAAGUGCAGCUGCAGAGAUAAUACAUUCUCCCCAAAGGCUUUGGCUGAGCAAAUUAGGUGUCAAUGGGGUGCCUGCGCAGGCAGUACUCUCUCUAAUUAGUCUCUUGAGCCUGGUUGGUGGCGAGAAUAAGAUGAUCUAAUCAAUUGGUCUGUGUCUGAUGGUACGUGUAAAAAUCCUACCAGGCAGAGCUGUCUCCCACAGGUCACUCACCUGCACAGCAGGAUUGCUCAUUUUCAUUUUUCAUCUCUUCCAUCACAUGAUGCUGACAGUUGGUUUUAAGAAAAUUGAAUUUAAAAAAAGAAAGAAAGAAAGAAAUCUGGUUCAUAGGGCAUGUGGGUCAGAAUUAAGUUGCAUUAUGGGUAUUGGUGAUCCAGGUCAUUAACAUGGGUAGCAGAAUACUAGCAUGAAUUUGUUUGCCAUAUACAUGGUUUUGUCAAUAACGUAAAAUCUUUUUAUUCUUGAUUCACAAAAGAUGAUUUCAGUAAAAAUGUAAGCAAGGAAAGAGUACUUGUUCAAUGCAUUCGAGGGAGUGGUAUCUAUUGUUUAAUAUUAUCAAUGGAAUUUACCGGUAAUUGGGAAUGGCACUUUGCAUGCAGAGAAACAGGGCAUCCUCUUCGUUAUCGCUUUGCUUUUAAAAAAACAACCCAUGUGAUUGGAGGAACCAGUAUUCUAAAGUGGUAUCAAGCCAGCUGUGUGCAUUGAGCCUUGAGUGUGUUCAGCAUGCUAAGACACUGUGGGAGCCCUGCCCCAUCCUUUUUCUCAGAAUGUACCUCCAAAUGGACUGCCCUUAAAAGUCAUGGUGUGUAUGCAAAAAGAAGCUAGCAUGCCCUAAGUAUUUUUUUUAAUUGGGACAAAUAUUCUGGAAAUAGUGAUAUCUUACCCCAUGCCUUGAACUAUAAUUAAUAUUUUAAAUCAAAGCUUUGUCUCACUUCUGUUCUCCUCAGACUAGCAGCAACAGUAUUUUAAAGUUAUUAUUUGGCUUCUUUGUUCAAGUCAGAAAUGGUUCUCUGAUUUAUGAGAGAAGCAGCUCUAUAUGGCACAGGAUUUGUGGACAAGACGAAAACAUGAUUGUACUGAUUCUUAAGCCCUUAAGUUGUAUCCUAAUCAUGCUCAUUUUUUUCUGUAAAUAUACUGUGAAGAAAUCAAGCCUACCCACACAACCUUUUGCGUUUCAAAAUUAAAAGUGCAUUUUUGUGGCAGUAUGUUGUUCUACGUCAAAGGGAUUUUUGAGGAUCUCUGAAAGCAAGCCUUCCUUUGCUCUUGGGAAAUCAGAGGUAGCAAAUACUGGAUUUUGCAGCAGUUGCUGUUAUAAGCAAAGAUGUGACCGGAGGCCAUAUCACCAUCUGCAAAGAUUCUAAGAGAAACUUUGAUUUUUCCUGAUCUGAAGAAAAAAUAAAAAUUAACUGGAUUCUUUUCUAAAAUAGCUUUAAAAAUACUGCCGUGAAACCAAGGACUGGUCUAUAAUGUAAGAACGGACAUUGUGUCUAUAACACUUGUGCACUGAGUAAAACCCAUUGUCUUGUCUCCUAGACUUUGUAUUGGUUCAUUCUCUCCCUCAGGCAAGUGGUUUCUCACUCUUCUGGCAAUGCAAAAUGUUGGAUUUUUUUAAAUUACGCCAUAAGAAUAAAGUACCAUAUUUACUCAAGUAUAAUGCACCAUCAAAUCUAAUGUGCACCUUAAUUUUCACAAUGUAAUUUGGCCAAAAAAGUUGAGCAUUAGAUUUGAGUAAAUACGAUAAUCAGUCUCCAACUCUAUUUUCUGCUAGUUCUGCACACUAGCAUCAGCAAAUGCUUGUUUGAAAGGAUGAAAUUUACCCAUAGUGAUUAAGAAAGCACUUCCCCACUUCCUAUUUCAAUUCUAUGUACUUCAUAAGGCACAAAUUAAUUCUACUGAAGGUGGCACCAACAGCACCCACUAAAAAAAUUGUUAAGAGGAGUCAGUCAAACAGUUGAGCUAAUCAGUCAGAAGGUAUUAGGAAGGUAUAGGCCGGUAAAUAAACUAAAGUUAAGAUAUCUGAGAAACCAUAAACUUGUUAAUGUUUGUAACAUAAACUUGUUUUUUUUGGUUCACUUUUAACAACUGACUGAACUCAGUGUUUUACCAGAGAGUAACUGGUUGGUGGCAGCGGGGAAGCGAGCACAGUGGUGGCACAGGGAUCAAUAGACGGUUAAAUGUCCGGGGACCCUGUGUGAUCGCCACAGUGGCGUCACCCAGAAUCUCUGUCAGAAGCUGUUAUCAGUCACUAGAACCCAUUAAUAAGGUGCCCUGCAUUUUCUGUGCAUGGAAAUAGUACUCUAAAGCAAGAGUGGAGAACCUUUUCCAACCCAAGGACUUCAUUGCCUUCUGGGCAAACUUUCAGGAGCCAUGUGCCAGUGGUGGGUGGUCUCAGGCAAAACUGGGUGAACCAUUAGCCUAGGACACAUUCUAGCCGGCCAAAAUUAUUAGAAUGCAAAGCAAGGCAAGUGAGAGGUGUGGCUGAAAAGGUGGUGUGGCCAGAUAGAGAGGUCUGAAGGACCCAUUCAAGCCCUAUACCUGAGUUCCCCACUGCUUGCCUAAAGCAUGUACAAUCUAAACUCCAUUACUAAGUCAUCACAGACACAUACCCGCAUACACAAAUUGGGGUCUGAGAUUCAGGGCAAUUUCACUACAGAGCAAAUUUUGAAGGCCCAGCAUACCUCUUUACAUAUUAGGUGCAAGCUUAAUUAAUUUUUUUUAAUUAUUAUUUAAAUUCCUCAUUCUUGGAAGUAGAGCUUCCAUCUUAUUUCAUCAUCCAACUAUUCCUAACAUUACAUGAUAUUAUCUCUUUUAUUCUAACAAGCCAUCCUGUGUGUUAGGUUUAAGACUAAAUUGCCUGCCCAAGAUUAUAGAGUGAGUUUCAAGACUGUUCAUAGAACUCUGUUCUCCUCCCCCACAUCUCUAAUGUGGACCCACAUACCUGGCUCCAAAUCUAGAGCUGAUUAAGGGAAGCUCACUUACAGGCCAGGGAGGUGGAUGUGUCUUUGUAAUUUCAGAAGAGCCAGCCAACUGGCGAUCAACACAGCCAGUUUCUGUUGCACAACCAGUUGCUCCUGAGUUCAGUUGUUUUAGGAAGAAGGGGUGGCUGUGGAUCUGCUCAAGCUAUGUAUUUUAGUACACACCAUUCAAGGAAAACAUUUAAGAGUGCCUACAGUUCAAGCCUUUCCUUCAGAAUAGCUUAAUAUUUGAAAAAAAGGAACCCUAUAUUACCUUAAACCAAAAUCAGGUUGCUGAUACUUAAGCAUUAUAACAAGUUACUUUGUACUGUUAUGUUCUUGGCCAUGAUCCUUAUUGUACUUUCUGUUGCUUUUUAUAGGAACUAAGAUCACCAGACUGGAGGAGAACCAAAACCUAAAAAGAGAGCCAACACUAUGAAGACACCAUGGCCCUGCUUCCUUUCUCUCUCAGUGGUGGAUUUCAGUCACAAGAAAAACAAUGCUGGCAAGACCUUGUUCCCCUUCCCUCUCAGUUUAUUUAAAACCUUGCACGCAUUUUGAUACCUUGUGAUUUCAGAGACCUCUGUGAAGAUUAAGCUUUUUUGCUUACUGAUACAUGGCAUGUUCUUUCCCCCCCAGCCUUUUGUGUUGAGUUUAUCUGGUUUUUCCACAGCAGCACAAAACCCUUGUGAAGAUAUUUAUGCUUUCACCAGCAAUGUCUUAUUAAGACAACACAUUUGGUGUUCACACUUCUUCAGUAAUGUCUGUAGAUAAAAGCCAGUCAUGGCAUGCCACAGUGUGUGUGUUCAUCGAAAUGUUCCACAUAUUUUGCAAAUUGUCAGAAGGAUACUUUAAGCUAAAGCAGAGCUUUCCAAGUUGGUUGUAACACAAUCAGUAUCUUACAACUAUGCCCAUUUAUUACUGCUAGAGGACAUCACGUUCCUUUCUUUAACCAUGGCAAUAAGUGCAUCUUAGUCACCCUGAGUUUGGUUACUCUGCCUAUGUUGCAUAAUUUGGCAGAUUUUAAAACAGGCUUCCACUAUAUAUAUAGUAUUGAGUACUUCAAAUAUUUGAGACCUAUUUAGAAAAAAGGGGUUUUGGGGUUCCACAUUUACUUUUUCCUGUAGCUUAGUUCAUAAUAUAUUCUAAAAAGUAAAAUAAAGAAGAUGAAGGGGGGGAAAUGAGUUUACAUUAGGAUAAGCACUAUGGUAUAGAAUCUGUAGUUGCUGAAUGAGCCAUUAAAAAGCCUAGUUUUUAAUAGUAAUCCGAACUCCAAAUAUUUGUUCUUCCAAACCAAAGCAUCUUUCCAGUUAUUUUUAUAAGAUGUUCAGAUACCAUUGGAAAAUGCCUCUGUUACUGCAUCUUCAAAUGGAAUUUUCCCCAAUAAUCGUUCAAAUUUCUAAAGAUUAAAGUAAUUGGGAAUUGAAGGGAUUUCUAUUCUUGUUUUGAGGGAGGAUGGAUGAUGGAACCUAUGGGAAUCUUAUGGGCUGUAGCAGUUUCUGCCUACCAUUCACCAUCCCUAACAUGAUUAAUAACACUUGUAUUCUAGGAGAUGGGGAGUGGGCAAUCCAAAAAAAUAAAUUUGACAUGCUUACAGUGGGGAUUUCUCAUCCAUUUAUUCCAACAAAGAAAGCAUAUUUGCCUUUCUAGUAAAUCAGCUGCCUAAAAACACGUCUAUUUUUGUAACACGUCAAUUGUAGCAUCUAAUGCUAUGUUAGAAAAAAAGGAGAAAACAGGGAUAUAGGACCCAUUCUGUACUUUCAUUUUGUAAGCCGAUGUCUUGAUAUUGUUUGGAGUUGGCAAAUUAUUGAUUUUGCAGAGGACUUGUUUUUAGCAAAAGGCAACAGUGGUAAAUAUUAUUCUGUGAUAUUGAUUCUAGUAGUUAUACAAUAAGUAAAAUAUGCACCUCCUAAAUACCACCUAAUUACUACUACUAAAACUCAAACCCUAAAUAUCUCAAACUUUGUUUCUGUAUCUGUGGAAACAAAUAAUCACAAAAUAUAAUAGAACACUUUGAACGUAACACAGAUGCCUUAACUAUGACUUGCUUUGAGUUUCGUAUUCAACCUUUUGUACGUAAUCUCCUUUUCCAAGUUAGGUCAUAUUUAGUUGGAUGUUUCAAGAUGAGGGUUUCUUUAAAAAAAAAAAGUAUUUGUGCUUGCAAAAAUGUGAGGAAUCUUUGAGAAUGUAACAAAGGUUCAAUUAGGAAAAUGAGGGUAGAUCUUUAGAUGUAAAUCUCUUGCUUUGGCAGCUUAAGGAGUGAGGGAGGCAAUUACACUCCUUGUUGAGGCAUCUGAUGGUUUGAUGUAGAGAGGAAUUCUACUGAAGAGCUCUCAUCUGUGGUUUAAAUGCCUAGCACCUUACUGUCCUCAAUUAAUCAAAAGCUCAGAGCUUCUGCUUAGGUUUUGUGAAUGUGCGUAUGUAUGCUUUCAGUGCUUCCUCUAUUUAAAAUAGCCAUUAAUGCAACUGAACGUAUUGGCCUAUAAUAUUUAGUUAUCAGCUAUCAAAGUCUGAGAGUCAGCCCCACUCCACGCAUAUCACUUCAAUUACAUGUUUUUGGAGUGAUUUCCCAUGGAGGAUUACAUACAUAAAAACACUGUGUGAAAACUGAAAAUCCACACACUCCCCAAGAAGGAUUUGUGGUCAGAAUACUACGUCAUUCCUAGAUAUUCCUGUUAUAAUCUGGCUUUUCAAUUCCAGUGUUAUUUUCCACUUAUAUCCUUUCAUACAAAUCAUUCCAAAAGCAUGCAUGAGAACAAUAGUUUUGGCAGAGUCCCUAUAUUUAGCUUCUUAAAGAAGUUACUUUUUUGUUCAAGGUGCUGAGAUUCCAACAGAAUUCCAUGUACUUCAAGCAACUAAAUUUUAAACCAGCUUGAACUUUAUAGUUGUAUUGGGGUGGGGAGGUAAUUGUCACUGCAGUGUAAGAGGAAUACACAUAAGGGUUGUGUGAUGGGUAUGAUCUGCUGUAUGAUCUGUGCAGUAUGAUCUGUAUCCACAUCAUCAGGCUGGCCAAGAGAAAAAUCCAGUGGAGUAUAGUUAACCCAUGCAAGUCCUCAACAAAGAGAGUCGUAAUUAUAAAACCAUGCCCUCCCCUUUUUAGAGCAUACUCCAACCCCAAAAUAUAUUCCAAUGUUCUAUUUGUUUCUGCCAAGUCCCAAGGCUAGAUAAUUUUGUUCAUAACUCCCUCUACGCCAUUUUAUCCCUCUAAUGAUUCUCUUAAGGGUCACUCAGGCAAAACCGCUAAUUUCCAGAACUCUAUUCUGGAGGUGUAAAGGCAAUCCUGGAGAGCUUUGAACACUACAUAACACAGGUUUUUAAAUGUUACAUCUACCUCCACCAUCAGCUGCGCAAGCUUUUUCUGCAUCUGAGCAUUGUGCCCUUGACUGCAGCAGGAGAUGGGAAUCUUGCGCUCUGGGCACUCCGAAGUCCCUUGCACUGUUUCCCCUGUGUUAUGAAGCCACUCUGAGCUUUGCAAGAUUGCAACAAAAGCCAAAACUUGAUACAGUUCCAGUCCUCCUUUCAGCUACUUGAAAAGAAACAAUUCUUAUUCUCAUUUCCCCAUGUAUAUAACAAUUGUGGGCUGAUUCAUAUGUUGCUGAAAUGGAGGUUGUUGCUUUCCCAUAAUUGAAUCCCGUACUUUUCCAGUAACAGUUGAAUGAGCUUUAUGACAUGGGUAGAUGUAAAGUCUACCUACAGGAUCCAACUAUUCCACAUGAUUCUGUGCUUCAAAUGCAUAGCCAGAGAACUAGCAAUAGAGGACCAGAGGUGGGUAGAGCCACAACCGUGCUGUUUUGAUAACAUAUAGAUUGGGCCUAUGUGACUGGUAUUAGAAAUGCGACAGCUUUCCUUUUCCUUACAGUACUCCUGAAUUGUGCCCCUUCUUGUUUUAGUGGGUUUACCAAUGAGGAGACUCACAGUUCUGAAGCUGUGAAGAGCUUCAGCUUGCAGUCAACAAUAAGAGUUUGCUGUAAUGUUGAUUUUUCUUCUCAGAGGAACCCUACCAAACAUGCAGAACACCUAAACAGUGGAGUAGUAUUGGCAUUACUUGACUAUACAGUACCCUUGGGGUUAUCUUAAGAAUAAAGUGGUUAAGUAGCAGUAGAAAUUUUAAUGCACAAUGGCUAGAAAACUUUGGGGUUCAAGUCUUCCUUUCAACAUUUGGAAGAGCUUUACGUAGACAUUUCCUAUUUAUUCUGGUUUGGAAAAACCCUCACCACUCUCAGUGGUGAGGGCAACAGACCCUAAGUGUGAUCUUUUAUGUGUGUGCACAAUGGACUACGAACUGUGUGCUCCAUACAAAACAUUAUUAUUGUUUUUAUAACCUAAUAGGAUAAAUGGCAUUUAGACUGUACAGACUGGCACUGAAUAUAGAUGCCAUAUAAAUAGAUGUUCUGUUAUUGGCCAUAACUAAACCUUCUCUCUUGACAUAAAGGUGUGGAGGUAAUUAUAUUUGUUGUUGCCUUGCAAUAUUCUCAAAAGCAAAAACAAAGGAUGCACUAAGAAAUUCCCUAAUCCCAGAAAACUGCCCUUCUGCAGUGCUAUAUUCAAAAUCUUCCCUUGCUGGGGCUCUUUAUAUAAGGCACAAAAGUGCUCUUUUUAACAGGGGUUUGGUACUCAAACAAUGUUAAUAUUAAAUAUGUAUACAUACAUAUAGCCACACAAUUUAGAAUGACAGCUUAGUAAGCAGUAUGGUUAAGUAAAUGUUACAUUGUUUGUUUUCAAUGUGUAAUUUGUCUGUAUUAUGAAAGAUGUAAUGGUUCGUCAGGUGUUGACUGUUUUCAUGUAAUAUUAUAUUGAAUAAAGUAUCAAAGGAUUUCUAUGCUUCUUGGUAGUUUUAUGUACAGUUAGUACCACAAUUCAAAAAAUUUAAAAACGUAUGGAGAACAUAUGAGAAUGGGAAAGGAGAGCUUUUUGUUUAAG